AUGGAGAUCAACGAGCAGGUAACAGAAUAGCUCCAGGACUCGGCACACACAGGCUGCCUGAGGGUCAUGGGAGCUGCACUGAACCGACAGCUGGAGGGGCUCUGCCUGGCCCCCCAGGCUGGCUCUGCGUGGCCCCCCCCCAGGCUGGCUCUGCGUGGCCCCCCAGGCUGGCUCUGCGUGGCCCCAGGCUGGCUCUGCGUGGCCCCAGGCUGGCUCUGUGGCCCAGGCUGGCUCUGCCUGGCCCAGGCUGGCUCUGCGUGGCCCCCAGGCUGGCUCUGCGUGGCCCCCAGGCUGGCUCUGCGGCCCCCCAGGCUGGCUCUGCGUGGCCCCCCCCCAGGCUGGCUCUGCGUGGCCCCCCCCCAGGCUGGCUCUGCGUGGCCCCCAGCCUUGUUGCAUUGUGGCCUGAUUGAACCAAAAGACUGGCCACUCUUCUGACAGCACAUCAUGGGACAUGUAGUCUCUUUGAAACUAGAGUGCUAACAGUUAGCUGUCAGUGUAUUAGGAUUUCCUCCUUGCCAUUUUCACUCGUCUGAUCCUACCUUUUAUCCUUAAUACAGUAAAGCGUGGUAGUUAAAUAAUCAUGUCAUGGUCUUUAUGAAGCACCAACAUGUACUGCAGAGAUGUAUAAUGGAUAAAGAAAACAUGCAGGUAUUUGGUGGCCAGCUGUUCUGGUAUACAUUAAUAUAAGAAAAGGAGAUCCUCCUUGAUUAGCGUGUCUCUCCUGCGUGACAUAAUACAGGGUUAUUUGUGGAUUGUCAGGAAUACUUACAUUGUGUGUUGGGAAGUAAAGCAGACUUGUAACGUCACCCACCCCUAACAAAAAAAAAAAAUUAUUUCAUAAAGAUUAAAUCUUUAUUAAAUACUCACGUUGAAUGUGUUAGAAUUUCAUGAAACUCCAACACAUUCAGAAGGCGUCAUAAGACAAAGUAGGGACUGCUUUGUCAUAUGUGUUUUUCCAGCUCUUGAUAAAAAUGGCAGCCCCCUCUAUCAAAUUUUGUCAAUUUCCAGCCGUCACUUGUGACGGAUGUAAGGAAAUCUUGCAGGAUCUUGCAUAGACAUUUUUGCACUCUUGCAAGUAUGCAAUAGUGCAACACUGACGUGGGCUUCUAGCAGAUGAAGCGCCAGGAACGAAAUAAAUACCACUGGACCGUGAUGGCAGCACACCGCCACCACAAUCACUAAGCAGCGGUGUCACCAUUGGGGGUCAUUGCAAAAUAUCUGAUGACUCCCAAGAAAGUUGCAGAAAUGCUUUUAAAAGUGAACUUAAAGUUUUUCGCAAAAAAAAAAAAAUUGAUUUGGAAAAAUUCUUCAUCAGUUAUGUUUUGGUUCUGCUACUUAUGUCCUUAUAAUUGAAAGCACAUUUUAAUUCCUAAGAACUCUGGACAGAGAGUCCGGGUUUUGAUCUGCAUUCUUCGUGCUCAGUAAUGAGAAAUGUAUUUAUACUGUCGAUAUGUAAAAAUAAUAAAUGUACAACUUUCAGUUCGAAGCUGGCAGCAGGAAGUCAGCAAUGCAUUCUGUCACUUCUGCCCUGAAUUGCUGUCUGGAACAGGUGACAGGAGUUGCCAGGUGUAUAGUUGAGUGGAAAUUCCGUACCUCUACCUGUUUCUCUAGCUCUGGAACUGGAUGUUUUAUACACAAGCAUUCUUCUACUUAUUCAUCUACUAGCACAAUGUGUAAAUGAAAUAAUUUGAAGAGUUAAACAGAUUUCUGACAUGUGAUGCAUGCCAGAGUCCACUAUAAAUUGUCACCCCCAUAUGUCUUGAUUUAUUUUUUUUACUUGCUUUAUAACUGCUCUGUCAGUGGAGCAUUUUACAAUUUUCUCUUCGGUUCAUGACAAUUUAUUCAUGUUGAGGGUGAGCUGUUAGUGACCCAGAAAGUAAAAUGAUGGAAGUUUAUAGGCAGGAAUGAUAAUAUGCUUGCUGACCCGAAUCCACCAACUCCUCCAGCCAAAUGAAAUAUCGAAUAGGGUGCAUUUUGAUACACUUCAAACAAUCAGAUUUGUUUAACUUGAUUGUUUCAUUUUUAUUUAUUUUUUUGCCUUAUUUAUUUUUGCUCAUGCAUUUUUGAUUCUGAUAGGUUUCUGAAUUGCCAAGCUUUGAUGUUUUUUAUUUUGUUUCUGGGUAAAAUUGAUAUACACAGAAUUAUUCUUUAUGCUCCAAAUUUUUGCAAAUUAAAUCCAAAUGGCAAAAACAGAGGCAAAAUAUAUUUGGACAACAUGGGAUUGUAAAUUAUUCCCCAUUAUGAUUUGAGUUGUAAACAUUUACACCAGGGAAAUUGUUGCAGGUGAUGCCUUUCUUAUGUUAACUUCAGAAUGUAUUUGUUUUUAUGGACAAACAAGAAUUUUAUUGCACUGUUUGAUAUCUCCAACAUAAGCACAUAAGUAAACAGAAUAUUUAAUCUCUUAAAGUGGCACUGUCCUGCUUUGUUGUGUUUCCCUUUGUUUUUCUUUCCUUAUACAUCUUGUAUCUUUUUUUUUCAAUGUGUUUUAUUUUUCAUUAUUCGUGUGAUCAACAAAGAAAGAAAAACGUGGGGUACAGAAGGGAAAAAGGGGAGGACAGCAUUACAUACAUUGCCGCAUUCUAUACAUAUGCGUCGUUAAUCAAUUUGUACACAGGUUUAGAUAAUAGUAACAGUUUGGCAUUUUGUCCUAUAUACUUCGUAGCAUUGAUAGUCUAUACAGUUUUAUACCUGUUCAUGUUCCCUGGCGCUAGCUUUGGUGCCUUUUGCCCUAACUGGGUAGAGGGUGAGAUGGGGAGGAAGGGGGGUGGGGGUUGUCAGCGUUGGUGUUCUAUGCCAUCUGAUACCGUCUUGUUGAUUUGUAUUGCACUCGAUUUCCCUUCGUAAUAGGUAACCCUGGUGAUGUAGUGUGUGACCUAUAGCCCCUAUUGUGUCUCACCGUACCUAUAUUCCACCCAUCUGUGCCACCUCGUCUCGUGUCUGCUUUGUCUAUCGUUAAGUUGACUUGCCAUGCGUUCAUAUGUAUAUGUCGAGUCUAUUCUGCCCAGGAUCUCUGGUAAUGUGGGUGCCUGUGUGGUCUUCCACCUGUGGGCAAUUGCAGUUUUGGUAGCCAUUAAGCAGUGGAUCGCUAGGUAACUCUUAUCUUCAGGGAGGGUGUCUGGGAAGAUAUGUAAUAUAAAGCAUUCUAGGUUCAUUGGUACCCUCAUCCCUAGGUUUUUGCAUAGAAGUGAUUGUAUGUCCUGCCAUAACGUAGUGAUCUGUGUGCAUGUCCAAAAUAUAUGACAGAGGGUCCCCUCUUGAUUGUGGCAUCUCCAGCAUAGUUUGUUUGACCCUGGGUAUAUAUGAGCCAAUUUGGUAGGGACUAGGUACCAGCGCAUCGUUUGUUUGCAGAACGUUUCCCACUGGUUAAGGCUAUGGGAGGCCUGUCUUGUUUUCUUUUGAGCGUGGUGCCAUGUUGCUAUUGGGAAUUGCAUCCCUAUAUCUGAUUCCCAUUUUGUUAUACAUCUUGUAUCCUAAUGAUUAUUUCCUGGUUCUUGAUCGCAAUACCUGGGCGACUCCAUGAUGUCUGCAGUUUGCGCUUUUGGGGGAUUGUUUUGACGGAUGGAUUAUGGGUAAUUCAGUUUAGUAAAUAAAUGAAUAGAACUUUAAUUUAGCUCUGCGCAUUGCAAAGAGUUGCCAUAGACCAUGCUCUGCGGUAGUUCUUACGACUUCUUAUGCGUUACUUAAACACAAACUCAAAAUUCGGAAAUUAAAAAUAAGUAAUAAGUAAUAAAACCAAAUUAAGGGACAGAAACUUACUGUAUUUUUGAAUAUACCCCAUAGUUCUGAAAGACGGUUAAGGGUCACCGGAUACACUGUAAGCACCACAGCUUUAUGUAGUGGUUAUGGUUAGAGUUUGUGGGUGCUGUUCCACAUUUGUGGUUUGAUAAAGUUGGGACUUUUCCCUGCAUUGGGUGGAAUAACAAAAAUGCAGUUUAAGAUUUUCCACCACAAAAUUUCCCUUUUCCCUCCUAACUCCUUCUCCUCCUCCCCCUUUUAUUAAAAGGGAUGUUGGUUCUGGUGUAGCAGUGGGUCUGUGAGGAGGGUCUCCUGCAAUGUGGGGUCAAUGGAGGACCCAUGGAUAUAGUUGAGGUGUUAUCCAUGAGAGAGAGUACAAUGUCCAUCCCUGAAUGGUGGUUUGGGAAGCCCCAAGGUGUUGAGCAAAGCUGGGACAUACAUAGGUAAAUGAAUGCAUGCCAUUGUGUUGCCUUUUAGCCAUUAGGUAAAAAAAGAAAUGCUGGCAUUUUGGGAAGACAAUAGAUCUGUGACUAACGUAAAGGGACACUCCACUGCCCAAAUACAAAAUAAAUACAAAUCACUUUUUAGUAGAUAUAGUCCAGAUGACAACAUGCAUUUUUUUUUUUUUCAUUGAGUUUACAUCUAAAAAAUCUUUAGCAAAACCUGCAUUUUUCUUGUAUGCAGCUUUUGCAAGCCCUCCCCUACUAACCCCGCCCAGACUUUCUGUCUCUGUCCAAUGGAUCUCAAUGAGUAGUCUUUGCAAGGCAGGUGCCUGUCUAUUGAGUUUAGCUCAACUGAACUAAACAAACCAGGACGUAAUAGGACCUGUUGUCUGCUUGAAUGCCAGGGGGUGUAACCUGGUUAAUUUAAAGAAGUGUAAAGCUCGACUGAAAGCUGCACUUUUAGGGUCUAGAAAUCAUGCUUUAUCUUCUUGUAAACCUAGCUUCAACAUACUAGUGUGUCUCUUGAACAGUUAGGAACACAAAUCAAUACAGCUAAUCUAAGCCGCCAACAUAAUUUAGCUAGCUUCUCAUGGUGCUACGGUGGUAUUUGUCUUUAAUCAAAUAUUCAGUUGAAAAUUUUAAUUCAACAUUUUUUUUUUUUUAAAGAUAUUUGUACUUUCAUGUUAGAAAAAAAACUUUUAGUUUGGAAACCUGCUGAAUUGUCCCUAUUUGUUUCAAUUGUAAAUAAAAGAAAAUAGGGUUGUUGUUGUUUUUAAAAAAAAAAACAAAAUAAAGAAAUCUGCACUUUUUGCAAAAUGAAAAAAAGAGGACACACUCUUUUCACAUAUAGCUUUUCAGCUAUCUAAAGCACUUUAGGGGUUUGGAGUGUCCCUUUAAGAGCUCUGCGGUCAUAUACAGUGAUUCUAGAGAGGUCUUUGUAUAAUUCAACAUAAUGUCCGUGGAACAGCCAAGUCCUUGCUGCUCUGGCAUUUUGUGUGACAUCUUCCAUUAAACCAAUGUCCAACAGAUGGCAGAUUUUAUCCCUCAAAGGUGCAGAAGCGGGGGAAUGUGGGCACAAAUCACUAUGUGCUCUGCCCAUUGCAUCUUGGGGGGUGCCCUAAAACAUGGUUGAAGACAGCAGUAAGGGUGUCCCUGAUGUCUUCCCUGCCAUCCAACUCUGCAAUUCCACUCACCCUGAUAUUGUUUCUGCAUUGUCUAUUUUUAAUUUGUACCAGCUGGUACCACAUGCCAAAUAUGUUGAGGGCUGCUGCUGCAUUGUGGCGGUGAUUUGUGCUACAUUCUGCAAGUAUUUCUGAGUGUUGGGACUCUGUGGCCUGCAUCCGAGCCUCUAGAGUAGUGAGGGACUGGUGGAAAUCUGCUAACUCUAUUCUAAAGGCUUGUUUCGACUUCUUUAAUUAGGCUAUUAAAACCUUCUCGCUUGUGCAAGGAAGCAAAUAGGGAGUACCAAUCAGGUGACAUGCUUGCAGGCUCGGAAAUUGUGUAAACAUGUCCCCGGCUGCCAGAGACUGAGGAUCCUGGUCGGGAUGGCGCCAUGAUGUCAGUGUCGGCCCCGACUCGAGCAUGGCUAAAGUACGCGUGUAGCUGCAGAUCGAGGCGGGAGACUCAACAGUGCGUCUGGACCGUACAAUAAUGACGCUUAUAUAGCCUUCUGAUACCGUGGGCGGCGGAGCUCGAGGACUAAGCAUCCAUCAAAGUUCAGUGCCAGGCCAUACUGAGCUAGUGUAGUUAAGGUGUCAAACUUGUGUAUGAGGUAAAGACCUCAUAUCCUCUAGAUUGUUAGCUCAUUUGAGUAGGGUCCUCAUCAACCUAUUGUUACUGUAACAUAAUAAUGUAAUAUCCCAUUUUAAAAGGAAGUGUCAGACUUGAACUGAUUGUAGUGUGUAGUGGCUAAUGGCCUCCCCUUUGUUUGCCACAGAUAUUUAGGUCCUAGGGCUAUAUGGUAGUCUUGGCUGCAUCUCGCUCAUUCUGAACUGGUCCAGGCUGAGUCAUUGAUCUUUCAAUGCAUCCCCUGUUAAAAAAACAGGUUUAUUGUCAAAAUUUAAAUACUUUCAGCUGUUUGCAAUGAACAUAUCAAACAAAAGCAAUUGAUAUAGCUCAACACAAUAAAUGCUUCAAGUGGUUCCCCCAAAUUCAACUGAAAAUGCAAUUUAUAACGACUCCUCCAGUCUCAAAAUUAUUCAACCCCCCUGAAUAAUAUCCCUCACAACAGCACAAAUAUGCAAAACAGGUGUUGUCUCAAGCACACCUGAUGCAAUAAAUAGCUUCAUUAGUUGCACCAGGUAUGCUUGAGCUGGAACACUUGAAAUACCUUAACUAGCUAGGGGUUUGUUGAGUGUCACGUUUUACUGCAUGUUAGAAAUAUGGCCAAGUCAAUUGUUCACAAAGUAAAGAGAUCAUUGCCUUUCACAAACAAGGAACAGGAUACAAAACGAUGGUGAAGGUACUGAAUGUUCCUAGAGACCAUUGGAAGUAUAAUUAACAAGUUCAAAGUGGAAGGAACAGUGGUUACGGGGCAGAAAAAAAGUAGCUAUCAAUGGCUGCAACCAGAUAUCUGAGAAGGCAUAUUGUGAAAAAUCCUGGAGUGAUUGCAAAAGACACAGUAAGGUGCAUACUAAACGCAGAAGGUUUCAAUGCCAGAACUCCAAGAUGUACAACACUACCGACCCGAAAGCAAUAAAAUCAUAUAAAUAAGACACUGAAGUUUUGGGAUUCUGUUUUGUGGAGCGAUAAAACAAAACAAACUUUUCAGCACAAUGGAUCAACUAUAUGUCUGGUGGAAGAAGAAUGAAGCAUACGUUGAAAAAGAACACUGCCUACAGUUACCCCUGAUGGUGCUCUGGUGCUGCCUUACAUCCUAUGGCACUGGAAACCUGCAGCAUGUGGAAUGCAAAAUUAAUUCAUUGAAGUAUCAGGAAAUUCUAGGAGAAAGCGUCAUACCACCUGUGAGGAAGCUGAAGCUUUGGUGUCAUUGGAUCUUCCCACAAGACAAUGAUCGCAAGCAUUUCUUAAAUUCCACCAAGGCUUGGUUGCAGAAAUAGUCCUGGAAAAUUCUACAGUGGCCAUCAGUCACCUGACUUAAACCCCAUGGAAAAUAACUGGUAGGAUUUGAUUACGCAGACCCAAGAGUAUUACUGAACUGGAGGCCAUUGCUCAUGAGCAAUGGGCUAAGAUUCCUCAGGAAUAAGCUGGUGUGUGGCUAAGCAUCUUGUUUGCAGCAGGUCAUAACAGCAAAAGGGUACUCUACUGGGUACUAAAUAGGGAUCGACCGAUUAUCGGUUUUGCCGAUAUCGGCAGAUAUUCGGUAUUUUCGGAAAUGUCGGUAUCGGCCAAUAUAGAUACCGAUAUUGCCGAUAAUACCUCCUAGGACCGCCAGGCUCAUUACAAGCCCGGCGGUCCUGGGGGAGGCGGGGGGAAGGGGGCGCAGGUAGCGUUUACUUACCUCCCCUGCAGCUCCUCCAGCUCCCAGUGUAAGUCUCGCGAGACCCGUGGCCGUCAGGCACUGACGAGAUUUACACUGGGAGCUGCCGAGGAGGUAAGUAACAGCUUCCUGCGCCCCCCCCCCCCAGCUCAGCCAAUGCCACUGGACCGCCAGGGACUGUCAUAUCCCCCCUCCCUCACCAGGUAACAAGCAGGGAGGGGGGACAACAAAAAUAAUAAAACAUAAAUAUUAAAAAUAAGCAUAAAUAUUAAAAAUUAAAAUAAACAAAUAUAAAAAAUUAAAAUAAACUUAAAUAUUAAAAAAUAAAAUAAAACAAACAUUAAAAAUUAAAAUAAAAAAAUGCCUCCCCCCCCAUUUUACACAAAUCACAUUCCUUCAGGAAAACACACACACACACACACACACACACACACACACACACACACACACACACACUGCAUUAUAUACACACACUACACACUCUGUAUAUAACGCAGAGUGUGUGUAUAUAGUGUAGUGUCUAUAUAAUUUAGUGUGUGUGUGUUUAAUGCACACACUACACACACUGCAUUAUAUAUACACACAAACACUGCAUUAUAUACACACACACACUACAAACACUCCAUUAUAUACACACACUACAAACACUGCAUCAUAUAUACACUACACACACUAUACAAACACACUGCGUUCGCUAUACACACUAAACACUGCAUUCGCUUUACACACACCACACACACACACACUGCAUUCCCUUUAUACACCACACACUACACAAACACAGACUCUGCAUUCAUUAUAUACACACUACACAAUCACUGCAUUAACUAUACACACUACACAAACACACCCUGCAUUCUUUAUAUAUACACUACACAAAUAUACACAGCUCCACUGUCUAAACACACUGCAUCCAUUGCAUGUGGCUUUUAUAUUUUGUGCAUUUACCUUUUAGAAAUAGUUUAUUUUUUCAAAAUGGUAAAUGUACAGAAUAUCGGCAAGUUAUCGGCUAUCGGCCUGAAAGUUAACAGAUUAUCGGCAUCGGCUCUAAAAAAAAAAUCAAUAUCGGUCGAUCCCUAGUACUAAAGAUACUUGUCAUGAAGGGGUUGAAUAAUUUUGAAACUGGAGAAGUCAUUAUACACUGCAUUUGGGGAAACCACUUGUAGUGUUCGUUCAGGUAUUUCAAUUGCUUUUAUUUGAUUUGUUCAUUGCAAACAGCUGAAAGUCUUUAAAUUUGCGACAAAAAAAUGGAUUUUCAAUGGGGGGGGUUAAAUAAUUUGUAUUACAACUGUACAUGCCUGAUAUCCUAUACUUUGUGUGUAAUGCAGACUUGUUUUACUGUAAGAGACAUAGGAUAGACAGAGUAUACAGGGAGUGCAGAAUUAUUAGGCAAGUUGUAUUUUUGAGGAUUAAUUUUAUUAUUGAACAACAACCAUGUUCUCAAUGAACCCAAAAAACUCAUUAAUAUCAAAGCUGAAUAUUUUUGGAAGUAGUUUUUAGUUUGUUUUUAGUUUUAGCUAUGUUAGGGGGAUAUCUGUGUGUGCAGGUGACUAUUACUGUGCAUAAUUAUUAGGCAACUUAACAAAAAACAAAUAUAUACCCAUUUCAAUUAUUUAUUAUUACCAGUGAAACCAAUAUAACAUCUCAACAUUCACAAAUAUACAUUUCUGACAUUCAAAAACAAAACAAAAACAAAUCAGUGACCAAUAUAGCCACCUUUCUUUGCAAGGACACUCAAAAGCCUGCCAUCCAUGGAUUCUGUCAGUGUUUUGAUCUGUUCACCAUCAACAUUGCGUGCAGCAGCAACCACAGCCUCCCAGACACUGUUCAGAGAGGUGUACUGUUUUCCCUCCUUGUAAAUCUCACAUUUGAUGAUGGACCACAGGUUCUCAAUGGGGUUCAGAUCAGGUGAACAAGGAGGCCAUGUCAUUAGAUUUUCUUCUUUUAUACCCUUUCUUGCCAGCCACGCUGUGGAGUACUUGGACGCGUGUGAUGGAGCAUUGUCCUGCAUGAAAAUCAUGUUUUUCUUGAAGGAUGCAGACUUCUUCCUGUACCACUGCUUGAAGAAGGUGUCUUCCAGGAACUGGCAGUAGGACUGGGAGUUGAGCUUGACUCCAUCCUCAACCCGAAAAGGCCCCACAAGCUCAUCUUUGAUGAUACCAGCCCAAACCAGUACUCCACCUCCACCUUGCUGGCGUCUGAGUCGGACUGGAGCUCUCUGCCCUUUACCAAUCCAGCCACGGGCCCAUCCAUCUGGCCCAUCAAGACUCACUCUCAUUUCAUCAGUCCAUAAAACCUUAGAAAAAUCAGUCUUGAGAUAUUUCUUGGCCCAGUCUUGACGUUUCAGCUUGUGUGUCUUGUUCAGUGGUGGUCGUCUUUCAGCCUUUCUUACCUUGGCCAUGUCUCUGAGUAUUGCACACCUUGUGCUUUUGGGCACUCCAGUGAUGUUGCAGCUCUGAAAUAUGGCCAAACUGGUGGCAAGUGGCAUCGUGGCAGCUGCACGCUUGACUUUUCUCAGUUCAUGGGCAGUUAUUUUGCGCCUUGGUUUUUCCACACGCUUCUUGCGACCCUGUUGACUAUUUUGAAUGAAACGCUUGAUUGUUCGAUGAUCACGCUUCAGAAGCUUUGCAAUUUUAAGAGUGCUGCAUCCCUCUGCAAGAUAUCUCACUAUUUUUGACUUUUCUGAGCCUGUCAAGUCCUUCUUUUGACCCAUUUUGCCAAAGGAAAGGAAGUUGCCUAAUAAUUAUGCACACCUGAUAUAGGGUGUUGAUGUCAUUAGACCACACCCCUUCUCAUUACAGAGAUGCACAUCACCUAAUAUGCUUAAUUGGUAGUAGGCUUUUGAGCCUAUACAGCUUGGAGUAAGACAACAUGCAUAAAGAGGAUGAUGUGGUCAAAAUACUCAUUUGCCUAAUAAUUCUGCACUCCCUGUAUGUAAUGUAAUUGUGUAGUGCGGUGUGACUAGUUAAUAAAGCAUUAGGAUUUUUUCUUUAAAGAUGAAAGAUUUUAGCGAUUCCAUUGUAGUUUUUAAAUCGCAAUCUCUUUCAAGGGAAUAUUUAUUCUGCAUGCUGUCCUGUUUGACAGCAUGGGUGUCAUACCUUCAUCAUUGCUCAUUUUAGAAACUGUAUGCUAUAAUUAAAAUCUAAAAAUAUAAUUUCCAUGUAUUACAUUUGUGGCUUAUGUCCUUUUUUUCUAAUGAAAGGAAUGUGAAGUAAGAAGUUUUUUUUUUUGUUUUUUUUUUUUUUUACACUAUGUAAAAUAUUGCAGAAUUGUAUUUUGUGUUUUUAGAACUUCUGCUUAAAGCAGCUUUGUCACCUCUGGCCACUUCUUGAGUAUUUUAUAAAGAUAAAAUAUUUAUGAAUAUUCUUCUCCCAAUCCAAUCAAAAGGUUUAAACAAACCAGGGACUAUUUUGUCUUGUGGUAAAGCCCAAGAGUGACAAAAAGUAGAGUUUCUACUAUCAACUUAUGUCACUUAGCACAGUAGUUGCUAGUGACAGCUGGGUGGGGAGCAGCAUAUUCUCAAGCAUUGCACAAACUAGUCUGUGGACCACAGUUUCGAAAAGUAACACGUGAUCCUCGCAGAUGGAAUGCUGGGAGCUGAAGAAUGCAGGUGGCGUCUCAAAGGGAGACAUGCAGGUAAGUAUAGCUACUUUGAACGUCACACAUAAGCUACCACACAUUAGCGGGCAAGUCAUCGUUGAGGGUAUUUUUUCAAAAUGUGCAAUUGUCUCAAAUUUCAAAGACCUGCUUUAAAGCGGCACUGUCAUGCCGAACUUAACUUUCCUCAAUCUCUUCCUCUUUUCCCCCUCUCUCGGGAUCUGUUCUUCUUUUCUUCCUCUCUUCUUUAGUUUUCUUUAAAAUCAUAGGACAAAUUGACCAGCGGAGGAGCAAAGUGUGCUUCAUUUCCUGCUGGUCAGAGCAAUUUUCCCAUAAUUCUUACCUUUCCUCUGUGUUCCCGCGAUGCUUCCUGUCAUUUUACACAAAACUCCCGAAUUGCGUUCUAACUGAAUGAGAACAGUAUGUUCGUUUGUUUUAGAACUCCAUUCGGCAUUUUGUUCGGAUCGCAAUUUCAUUCGAAUGAAUGAAACUCCGAUCCUAUUCUUGCUGUGGCUGCAUCAUGCAGCCGCUUAGUAGAUAACUCCCUAAUUCCCACAGUAUCAGGGAGUUAUCUACUAAAAGGCUGAAAGUCCUAAAUUGGUCUUUCAGCCAACUUUACUAAUACUAAGUAAAAAUUACUUAGUAUUAGUAAAUGCUGCCCCUACUUGCUAUACCGCGAGUAGGGGGCAUGUCUAGUAAACAGUGAGCAGUCUGUGGCUGCUCACUGUAAAAACAAAACAAAAAAAAAAACUAUUGAAAUCCAUCCAAUGACAGUGCUCUGUGUCAUUUUACACAGCGUGGGAAAGUUCUUUGGAAUUUUCCCACGCUGUGUAAAAUGACAAAGAGCACUCUGAUUGGCUUAAACCCACCAAUCAGAGUGUUCUUAGCCUAAUUGCAGCCUGAGCCCCCCCCCCCGCCCUGCGGAGCUCAGUCUGCGCGGAGCCCUCCAUGGGUGAACAUGGAUUAUUUUUUUGCGCCCUGGUUUUUUCUUUUUCGUCGUCUUUUUUUUUUUGGCGGGAUUUUUAUUUUAUUUUAAAUUCGACGGUUAUGAUGGUUUUUUAUUUGGCCUUUUUUUGGGCUGAAAAAUGAAGAUUUGAGAAAAAAAGAAGACGUCGAAUGGUAAGUUUAAUUUUAUUUUACAGGUUAGUUAUUUUAUUCCCCCCUCACUAUUUUUUAGGGAGAGGGGGGUAGGUAGGCACUUUUUAUUUGGGUUGGGGAGGUGGGUGACUAGGGGCUUGGGGACCCCUAGUCACCUUGUGGGGGAGGGGGUGGGGGGAAUUGACUUAGGGCCCACCUGCCACCCAGGGGUGGGGGCCGGGAGGGGGAGGACAGUAGGUCCCCCCCAGCCGCCCAGGUGUGGGGGCCGGAGGGGGGGUGGACAGUAGGUCCCCCCCCCUCAUUAUCAUUUGGCCCCCACACGCCGCUGUGGGGUGGGGGAGGGUAGGGGAGGACAGUAGGUCCCCCCCCCUCAUUAUCUUUAUGGCCCCCACCCGUCGCCCAGGGGUGGGGGCCGGAGGGGGGGUGGACAGUAGGUCUCUCCCCUUAUUUACUUUAGGGCCCCCACCCGUCGUUUAGGGGUGGGGGCCAAUAGUUUUUUUUUUGUUUUGUUUUUUUUUUUACCGUGAGCAGCCACAGACUGCUCACUGUUUAGUGGACAUGCCCCCACUCGUGGUAUAGCGAGUAGGGGCAUUGGGCAGAUUUUAAUCUCCCUUGUGCUAUUAUGGGGGUCAUAUUGACCCCCAAUAGAGUGAGGGGGGACCUGGGGGGCUUAUGAAGUGGCGGGGAGCACAGCUCCCUGCCGCUUCUAUAGUUACAUAUUACAAGGAGGGAGCUGCCGGUAGCUCCCUCCUUGGAAUAAACCGAGCGAACAAACGAACACUGAUACACAGUGUUUGUUUGUUCGGCUGAUAUUUCUAUUCACUCAUUCGUCUGUCUGAAUGAAUGAAUGAAUGAAUAAAUGAAAUUCCCGUUCGCAUGUCCAGGUGUUUCACUGGGCAUGUGCGAGAAUCUCACAGUCUGUGUAGUCUGUGUAGUGUGGGCUGAUGACGUGUCCCACAGGGACUUCAUCUACCCACACAAAGAUGGCGGCGCCCUGAAUAUAGAUCGGGGCAGAAAAUAAGGAAUAAAAAGUAGGUAAUGUGGGGGGCUUAGGGGCAUUUGGGGGUGACUAGGGGGUCAGUUAGAGAUAGUGGAGGCAGGAGGGGGGUUAAAAAAAACAAAAAACAGGAUUCAGCAUGACAGUGCCGCUUUAAGUGCUGCUGGAUAGGGUAAAACAAAAAUCCUUGUAAACAAACAUAUACAUUCCAUUUAUUCCCAAUUGUUUUUUGUUUUUUUUCCCCUUGUGCUCUAUUUCCCAAUCUCUUCGUUCCAAACUGUCUGAAUUCCAACAUCCAUCAAGUCAGUCGUAGAUGUUACUGUAGACCGAAUUGGCUUGUAUUUUGUGUGUAAUAUAUGUCAUUUAUAUACUAUAUAUUUGAUUAUAUGUACAUUGUAUGUUGUUAUAAUUUUAUUUUAGUCUUCUGAGGCUCUCGGGUGGAGUUUCCGCCCUGUUCUUUUUAAUUUUGUCCUCUACAGGUUCCGGUUAUUCUGUACGGCAUGUAUGCGUUCGGUGCGCACGUGCAUGUUGAUUGUGCGCAUGCGCAUCGCAUGCGUGCUUCAUUCCACCGGAAAUGACGUCAUAGCUGGAAUGCAGGAACUAGAUCCUGUCAGAUGCGUUCCAUUAUUGAAGCUCACGCUACAUCCACAUGCCGGAUACCGAAGGUCUUUUCAACUGGGCCGACCAUUGAUAUUUUCCUAUAUAUACCCAGGAGGACCACUACAUCUACAUCCCUGAGGAAGUCCCCUUUUGCUGGACAAAACGCGUUGGACUUUUUAUUUAUAGAUGCUGCUAUAUUUAUUUCAGUUUUUCAUUUACAUGUAGUGCAUUUAUUUUAUCUACUCCAUUGGAUCUACAUCGUCUGGGAGUUCCAUAUUAUAUGGAGAUAUGCCUGAUACAUUUCUUCACUUGUAAGUGAGACCAAUAAAGAUAUGUUGUAAUUUUAUUACAUACUUCACUAUAUUUGAUUCUUCUAUUUUUGCAUAUAUUCCACGGAGGAUCUGUUUCAUCAUACUACUAGCCCUGGGAGGGUGAGAAGCCUGAGCUCAUGUUUGUUUGUGAGUGCACCUAUUUGCAUUAAAAUAUCACUCACUUAUUUAUACUGUAUUACGCUAUGUUCGUUUUUUAAUUCUUAUACAGAUUUCAUUUAUGAUUCACGACCUACAAUCCAGGUUAUUUGUAAAUUUUCUAUAUCACCACGUAUUGGGAGGUGUUUCCAUUUUGUCUUUUUAAGUAGAUGUUACUGUGUUAUAUUUAGGAAUCGACCAAUAUUGAUUUUUGUUUUUAAACCGAUACCGAUAGACUGUGAAAUUUCAGGCUGAUAGCUUACCAAUAUUCUGUACAUUCACCGUUUUGAGAAAAAUAUUUUUGCAAAUCAUUUUAUUUUAUUAAGUGGUAACUGCACAAAAUCUACAUGCCAGUCAGAUUUUUUUAUGUUUUCAAGAAUAUUUAUGUGUGUGUAAUGGAUGCAGUGAGAGUAUUUGAUUAGAUUAAAUACAGUGUUUGUGUAGUGGAUGCAGUAUGUUUGUGUGUAAAUAUGUGCGGUAGGAAGUCUCCCCCCUCCUUUUUUCUUAAUGAUCCUCUCUCAUCUUUUAGUGCCUACCCCAGUGUUAAUUUUCCCUUCCCUGUACCUUAGUGCCCUCCCUUAAUGUUUGUUCCUCUCCCCCUCCCCUGUCCCAUAGUUCUUUCAUCCCCCUUGCCUGUCCCAUAGUUGUUUUUCCUUCCCACACCCCUGUCCCAUAGUGUUCUUUCCUUCCCCCUUCCUCCCCUGUCCCAUAGUGUUCUUUUCUUCCCCCGUCCUCCCCUGUCCCAUAGUGUUUUUUCCUUCCCCCUUCCUCCCCUGUCCCAUAGUGUUCUUUCCUUCCCCCUUCCUCCCCUGUUCCAUAGUGUUCUUUUCUUCCCCUGUCCCAUAGUGUUCUUUUCUUCCCACGUCCUCCCCUGUCCCAUAGUGUUCUUUUCUUCCCCCUUCCUCCCCUGUCCCAUUGUGUUCUUUCCUUCCCCCUUCCUACCCUGUCUCAUAGUGUUUUUUUCCUUCCCCCUUCCUCCCCUGUCCCAUAGUGUUCUUUCCUUCCCCCUUCCUCCCCUGUUCCAUAGUGUUCUUUUCUUCCCCUGUCCCAUAGUGUUCUUUUCUUCCCACGUCCUCCCCUGUCCCAUAGUGUUCUUUUCUUCCCCCUUCCUCCCCUGUCCCAUUGUGUUCUUUCCUUCCCCCUUCCUCCCCUGUCCAAUAGUGUUCUUUCCUCCUCCUCCUAAAGUGUAACUUCUCUCUGUCUUGUCUCCCGCUCAGUAAGCACUUCCUUUUAGUCCGGCCGGGUACAGGAAACAUAAGUUCCUGUACCGCGGUGUUUACUGCUCCGCUCGGCCAUGCUACCGUCACUCCAAUCUAGCACCCCCCGGGCCAGUGCACCCUAAGGGGGCCGCUUGUGCCGCCUUAUGAACACGCCGGCACACCUCAUUACCGAUGAUUAUCGGCCGAUACUUAGAAAAAAUCUGAAUAUCGGCCGAUAAUAUCGUCAAAGCCGAUAAUCUGUUGAUCCCUAGUUAUAGUAGGGUCUCCUAUUCAAAUUGUCCUGGCCGAAUGCUCUGCUAGUAAACAAUUAGCUACAUCCUUUUUCUUAUCAACUGUUCCUGCUUUUCAUGAUGAUGUACAGAAGUAGAAGUUUAUUGCACAAAUAAUUCUAUUACUAAUAUACUUAUUGUUCAAGUUUCCAAGCAUAUGCAUAUUAUAAUAUUGUUAAAAACACACCGUGAUCAGGCACUAGCAAGAUAACAUGCCGUGUUGUUUUCUGAACUAGCUAUAGCUAACAAGGCAAGAAUGCAUGAUCCCAUAAAAGACCACACACAGGUUGUGUGUGCAGCACAAACAACAAUUUGCAUAGGUGAGCAGUGAUUGUCUGAAAAAUAUUCAUCUACUUCCUUGUUGCUACUAAAUGAGUGGCAGCAGAGAUCCAUCAAAUUGGGCAAAUUUAUUUGUAAUUUUUAUUUUAUUUUCUAUUAAUUAUUUGUAAAAGCAUUAUCUGCAUAAUGGACAGAAAAAUAGGGGCUUACUAGUAUUCAUUUAAAAGUUUAAAGGGACACUAUAGGCACCCAGACCAUUUAAGCUUAUUGAAGUGGUCUGGGUGCACAGUACAAGCACCUGUAACCCUGCAAAGCUAAUUAUUGCAGAUUUUUUAUAAAUUGCUAUAAUUAGCUUUGUGUGGUAACUUCACCUCUAAUGGCUGUCUACCAGGCAGCCACUAGAGCAGUGAUGGCGAACCUUUUUGAGCCUGAGUGCCCAAACUGCAAUACAUGCCAACUUUUUUUUCCUCAAAGUGCCAACAUGGCAAUUAAACCUGAAUACUGAGGUUUAAGUUUAGAAAAAACAACUUGUACAGUUUUUCGAACUAAAUAACAUCUUUUGUUUUAAAAGAACACAACAGAGAGUUCAAUGAUACAAUUUUUAAAUAAUUAUAUAAAUAGAUAACAUUAAGCUUAUUUUUAUUAGUAUCUCCAACAAAUGCAAUACAGUACAUACACACAGACUGCUGAAUACAGUCAGACUGCUGAACACAUUCACACACCGACUGCUGAAUACAUGCACACAGACCGCCGAGUACACACACACACACACUGCAUUGAGGGGUGCAGUGUAUGUGUGGGGCUGGUAAAGAGAUAUAUAUAUAUAAUCAAUCUUUAUUCCACCCCUUUCUUCUUACCUUUGAUGAAGGAGGGGGACACAGCCAGCCCCGGUGGUGAUAAGUAUGUGUCUGGCUGCAGCUCUUCUGUCCUUCUGCGCAAUGCUGUGUGGAGCGUUGCUAUUGGAAUGCGUGGCAUCGCUCCACACAGCCUGCUCGCUGCUUCCUAGAUCCCUUCCCCUGCCUCCAGGUCCUCCCGACACGAAAGCAGAUUAGUCACCUGCCAUUUUGGGUGGGCAGAUGCCUGCUCUGCUUUGCUGCUGACCAGCGCCCACCCCCCCGCCCACCGGCGACCAUUGGCCACGUGCCCACAGAGAGGGCUCGGCGUGCCACAGGUUCACAAUCACUGCACUAGAGGGACUUCCGGGCUGUUAGGCAACCUUUUUGCGGGGUGAGACUGGGGCACUAUAGUUUCCCUUUAAAAUUAAGGAAAGCAAUAUACACUGAACAAAAUUAUAAAAGCAACACUUUUUUUUUUUUCAUGAGCUGAACUCAAAGAUCUAAGACUUUUUCUAUGUACACAAAGGACCUAUUUCUCUCAAAUCUUGUUCACAAAUAUGUUUAAAUAUGUGUUAUUUUUGCCAAGAGUUUCGCAUGGAGUUGAUCAGGUUGUUGAUUGUGGCCUGUGGAAUGUUGGUCCACUCCUCUUCAAUGGCUGUGCGAAGUUGCUGGAUAUUGGCAGGACCUGGAACACUGUGUAGUAUACGCCGAUAUAGAGCAUCCCAAACAUGCUCAAUGGGUGACAUAUCCGGUGAGUACGCUGGCCAUGCAAGAACUGGGAUAUUUUCAGCUUCCAGAAAUUGCGUACAGAUCCUUGCAACAUGGGGCCAUGCAUUAUCAUGCUGCAACAUAAGGUGAUGGUCGUCGAUGAAUGGUACAACAAUGGGCCUCAGGAUCUCGUCACGGUAUCUCUGUGCAGUCAAAAUGCCAUCAAUAAAAUGCACCUGUGUUCGUUGUCCAUAACAUAUGCCUGCUCAUACCAUAACCCCACUGCCACCAUGGGCCACUCGAUCCACAACGUUGACAUCAGCAAACCACUCACCCACACAACGCCAUACACACUGUCGGCCAUCUAACCUGUACAGAGAAAACCGGGAUUCAUCAGUGAAGAGAACACCUCUCCAAAGUGAGCAUUUGCCCACUCAAGUUGGUUACGAAGACGAACUGCAGUCAGGUCGAGACCCCCGAUGAAGAUGAUGAGCAUGCAGAUUAACUUCUUGAGACGGUUUCUGACAGUUUGUGCAGACAUUCUGUGGUUAUGCAAACCGAUUGUUGCAGCGGGUGGCUGGUCUCAGACGAUCUUGGAGGUGAAGAUGCUGGAUGUGGAGGUCCUAGGCUGGAGUAGUUACACGUCCUCUGUGGUUGUGAGGCAGGUUUGAUGUACUGCCAAAUUCUCUGAAAUGCCUUUUGGACAGACUGCUUAUGGUAGAGAAAUUCACGGGCAACAGCUCUGGACAUUCCUGCAGUCAGCAUGCCAAUUGCACGCUCCCUCAAAACUUGCGACAUCUGUGGCAUUGUGCUGUGUAAUAAAACUGCACAUUUUAGAGUGGCCUGUUAUUGUGGCCAGUCCAAGGCACACCUGUGCAAUAGUAAUGCUGUCUAAUCAGCAUCUUGAAAUGCCACACCUGUGAGGUGGAUUAUCUCGGCAAAGGAGCAGUGCUCACUAACACAGAUUUAGACUUGGAUUUAGAUUUGUGAACAAUAUUUGAGAGAAAUAGGCCUUUUGUGUACAUAGAAAGUCUUAGAGUUCAGCCCAUGAAAAAUGGGGGCAAAAAGUGUUUAUAAUUUUGUUCAGUGUAUGUAUCCUGCCUGUUUGUAUGCCAAACCUAUCCACGUUCUUGUAGUUUAUCUGACAAAAACAGUUUUCCAUAAGUAUAACUGGUACAUGUUUAAGGCCAAAUGUGUCUGAGAUGCUGCACUUGAAAACUGCUGUUGUAUUAUAUUACUAGGAUGCGAUAUUUAUUUAAAAAACAAAAAACAUUUGUAGGUAUGAGAAAAUAUUUGACAUGCAGUCAUUAUUUCAUUAACUAGAUGAUUUAUUUUGACAGACCCAGAGAUAUGUGGAGUGGACUGUUUCAUAAGCAUGUCUAUAAAUACUGGCGUUUAAAUGAAGCAGUUAAGUGACAAUGAACAAAAGCAUUUUUAUGCAAAUAUACAGUAGAGCAAUUUGGAGACCAAACAAGCCUGUUCCUGUUAGUGUCAUCUUCGUCCCGCAGCUGGUAACGAAGACAGAAGCUGUUUAAUAAAAGACAUUUUAGUUGGAGAUGUUUAGAACAAAGAUUUAAAAAAAAGAAAUUAAGUGUACACUUUUCAAGUUACACAAUAACAAGUCCAGUUAUUAAGAUUAAAUUUAUUUGACUUGAUUUAUGACAGUUGUGAAGGGGAGAAAGAUACAUAAAAUGCCUGGUAUAGUGCACUGAUUUUUGCAUUCUAGUAUGUGAUCAUUAAAUGUCAUUAGUUGUCAUUGAAUGUCAAUUAGACACAUCAUUAAAUAGCAAAUUAUGGUGAACCACUAAAGGUAAAAAAAGCAUUAGCUCAUUUUUAGGGCUUUUUUUUUUUUUUUUUACUUUUUUUUUUUUUUUGCUGUUCUGUUUUAUCUGAACUUCUGGCAAUUACUGCAUAUGCACCUUUUCUCCUUAAUGCUUCUAUAUAAGACAAGUCUUCAUGAUACUAUAAAGUAUUAAAAGGAACAAUUUGGAAACUACAAGCCUGCAUAAAAAUAAGUGCUGACUUCCCAUUUCAUAACUGCAUAAUAUUUAUAAUAUUCAUGCAUUUUAUUACAGUUUUUUUUUUAGAUUUAGGAACAUUUAUCAGUAUAAACAUACAAUGCCACUAUUACAGUUGUUUUGUAAUACAGUAAGUAGAUUAACAUUCGAAAGAUGAAAUAUGGCAGAAUAACAAAAUAAGAGACAAAGAAAGAAAAAACAAAACAUUCUUACUGUGAGAGAAUAGGAUGAUCAGUUGUGUCCCCAGUAUUUUGUAUUCCAGACAAGAUUCACAGAACAUAGCAUCAUUGACUAAGCCAUUACAUUAGCCAUUAGCAAUCUGUACUUUUUUUUAUUUUUUUAUUACCUCAACUGAUCACUUAUCAGAUUGGUUUGCCUUCUUUGUAUUUCAUUUAUAAUUUUUUUAUUUAUAAUUUAUUUUCUUAAGUUUUUCACAGAAGAAAAAACAGUAAAAAAUACAUAUCACAUUAUACCAUACAUCACAAACAUAUAUAAAAUACAUAGACAACCAUAUAGUACAUCUUAUCAGGCAUGCAUUGCAUGACAAUAUACAAAAAAUAUAUACCGUAUAUAAAGAUUAACCUCUGCAGGAUCCUGGGGUAGAAGAAGGCUAGGUCUAUGCUCAGGGGCUGAUAAAAACAAAGAACACCCACCAUACAUUAACUCAAAAUAUAUUAUUGAAUAUCAUUUACCCAGUCUUGCCAUAACCUAUAUUUUUUUAGAUUAUUCAAAAAAGGGAUACUUAGGUCCCUCUCCAUCUUAUUCUGCAUCAAGAUUUGUUCUUUAAUUAUUUCUUCUGAUAAUCAUUGAUUGUUUCUCCAAUUCCGAGGAAUUACAAUUUUUUUUUUUUUUUAAUUCUUUAUUUUUGAGUCAACACUGAAUGCUGCAUAGCAAAAUACAGCGGCUCACGCAGGGGCCGAUUACAAGGCAGUUUUGCUUAGCAUAUAACAAUGGAUAGAUGUUUUUUAGGUUAGGAGACAUUGGUAUUUUGCCGCUCUGUGUCGGUUUCAAUUAUGGGGGGCAGUUCUUGCCCGUUCAUAAAAUACAAAGAACACAACAGUGCAACACAAUAAAGUAACAUACAAUAACCUCUGAGAGUGUAAUACAUAUUUCGCAGCACUUUCCAGCCGACUCACAUUGGAUACAUAGAGUCUAUUUUCGCUGUUCUGCGUAGAGCAGUUCUGACUUUUGUGCUGUAGGCUAUGUGCUCUGGGCAAUGCCGUGAAUCAGUCGGUGUCGUGGUGGGUUUGCUAUCAUUUAGGUUUGUGUCCGUCAGUUACUGCCAAUGUCGCCCCGUCCUACGAGCCAUCCCAGUUCAGGUUCUGGUUUGGUCGCGGGUAACGGUGCCCUGUCAUAUUCUCUUGUGGCCGUGGGGAGCUUCGUAGAGAGGCCCUAGUGAUGGGUCGUGUAUUGUUGGCGGUCACUGUGCUUUACUUAUAAACUGUUAUACCAGUUUUUAGGUGUAGUGUCGAGCAAUUACAAUUUUAAAAGCUACACAGCAAUGUAUCAAGAGACAUUCUAUUUUAUAGGGUAGUCUUGGCCAGUGCAUAUGCAGUAACACAACUUCGGGUUUCCUAUCCAGCACCAUCUUCGUCGGAUCUACAAUAAAUUUAUAAAACCAAUCUAUUAAAUGCUGAAUCUCUGGACAGGUCCACGAUAUGUGGAGAUAAAUCCCUUCCUCUCUACUGCAUCUCCAGCACAGUGGAGAUGUAUUUGGAUACAUCUGCGCCAACUUUUUGGGGACCAAAUAUAAUCUAUUCAUGACUUUAUAGUGAGUCUCCAUGAGGUUUAGGCAUUGUACUUGCUUACAUGUCUUAUUAAAAGAUUUGCACCAUGCUUGCUUAUCUAAUUGGCAAUUUAAAUCUCUUUCCCACUUAAUUUUUUUUAGGGGUGGCUACCCCAUAAUUAAUAUUUCUAAUUUUUAUUGCCUUAGCUAGAAUCUUAGAUGAAGCUGUAUUUGAAAAGAGAGAUCUUAGUAACCUUGGGGAUUUCUCUGACGGUAUAACUAAAAAUUUCUGUACAAAAUAUUUGACCCUUAUAUAAGAUAAAAAAUCCCAUUACUUGGUAUCUGGAAUCUAUCUUUAAGGGAUUCAAACAACAUUAAUUUAUCAUUAUAUAUAACCUGUGAUAUUUUUUUUUUUAUCACGCAAAUUCUCCAGGAAUCCAGUCAGAUCCUUAAUAUUAGCUUUGAUUACACCCAGCGUAGAGAAAUAUAGUAUUCCAUAUCUCAGGCCCAUUUUUCUUUUAAUCUCUUCCCACAUCGGCUGAAGCUGUGACCAUAUUUUAUUAUUCUUAAUAUCUAUACCCAUUUUUUCUAUAUAUUUUGUAUUCCAUAAUAAACCUUCUACAUUAUUUAAUCCUAAAUCAUCCAUUUCCAUUUUAAACCAGGGUUCAUUCAUAGCAGUUUCUACCUGAGUUCUAUAAACAUGAGUUAAUUGGUUCGCCCAGUACAUUUGGAAAAUUUAAACCCCCAUCUGUAAGUUUUAGAGACAUAAUUGAUCUAUUAAUUCUAUUCUUUUCUCCUUGGUUAAUAAAAUUUUCCAAACUCUUCUGCAGUUACAUUAACCAGCUAGGUGAAAUUCUAAGAAGUACCAUUUGCAUUAAAUAAUUCCAUUUAGGAACAAUAUAGGAAUUAACAACGUUAAUGCGCCCCCACCAUGUAAUCUGUAUAUGUCUCCAAGUUUUAAGUAAUAGGUUAGUAUUUUUUGUAAGAAGUUUACUUCCAUCUUUCUGUCAAUAUUUUUAGUGAUUGUUACUCCCAAAUAAGCAAAUUUCUCUGUAGUCCAAACAAACUCAUAUUUACUUUUAAUCUCAUCUCUAUGUUUUUUCUUAAUACUCAUAACUAUAGUCUUAUCGUUAUUUAUUUUAUAGUUUGCUAAUUGGCUAUAUUGCCUUACUUCUGUCAUCAAAGGGUCUAGCAACUUAAUCGGGUCUACCAAUGAGAGAAGAAUAUCAGCAUAAAGGCUGAUCUUAAAUUAGUCAUCAUUUAUCUUAUAUCCCUUGAUUUUUGAGUUUUUCCUAAUGCUUUCCACUAGGGGUUCAAUAGACUGUAUGUAUAACAAUGGCAAUAGUGGACAACCUUGUCUAACCCCAUUCUUUAUUGGUACCUCAUCUGAGCAAAUAUUUGGUCCAACUAUUCUAGCAGAGGGAUUUUUAUAAAGUACCAUAAUACCAUUUGACAUCCAGCCAGUAAUAUUAUGUGUUUCUAAAGUUAAUUCUAGAAACUUCCAGUUCAGCCUAUCAAAAGCUUUUUCCGCAUCUACCGCGAUAGUCAUAAGGGGUAUCUGUUUCCUUUUUGCACUGUCUAUAAUAUCAAUAAUUCGUCUGGUAUUGGAUCCUACCCAUUCUCCUGGCAUAAAGCCAGUUUGGUCUUUAUGGAUUAAUUUUUUAAUUACCAAUUUAAGCAGGGUUGCUAGAAUAGAGGCAAAUAUUUUAACAUCUGUAUUUGUUAGGGAAAUAGGCCGAUAGUUUGAAACCAAUGUGGGGUCCUUUCCUUGCUUCAGAAUUGGCAACACAUUUGCUCCAAGCAUUUCUCAUGGAAAGCUCCCUCUCUGAACCGCAUCAUUAAAAGUAAGGGCCAACUGUUUGCUCAAUAGGAAUCUAUAUACAAGAAAGAAUGAGUUUGAUAUUUUUUAUUAUAUAAUCAUUAUUUAAUUUCCAGGUUCUAUUAUUAUUUCCUAGAAAGCUAUCAUGUACCUCUAAUAUGUAAAAGCUAUGUUCUGACCACACAUUUUCAACUAUUCUUAUUCUUGUUAAUUUCUCAAUCCGAUUCACAUUACCCCAAAUCCUAUUGAUUCUCGAGUAAGAGAGAUGUACUCUUGAUAAAUGGGUAUAAUUUCUCGUUUCCGGGUUAAGUACGCGCCAUGCUUCAUAUAACUCAAAAUUAUUCAGAGUAUUGGUCAGUGCUUUCGCAUGUUUUAUUAUAUUUUUAUUCCUAACCCUACUUCCCAUAAGUUUUUUUUUUUUUUUUUUUUAAUCUUUCUGAGGGUCCAAUACACAAUUAAAAUCCCCAGCUAUCCAUUUAUACUUUUGUUAAUAGAGCAAAUUCGGCUGUUAGUGAAGUAGAGUACUCUCUCCGCAAAUCCCAGAGUACGCAGAUCGGGGCUGUGAUUUAGGGAUUCUGCUCUAAACUCAUGCCCUGUUCUGGCAUUACAGUUUCAAAACAAGUACCUGCCAGAAUACACUGAAUCUGAAAAUACAUUUAUACCUUGGGCUUCAACUUAAUAUUGUUGGAUAAGCUUUUACAUGAUCUAAUAUUUUUGGAUAAACUUUAGAAAAUUUUGCAAUUUUUUUUUAUUGUUAUAUUUUAUACAUGAUAGAUUUUAUUAUUUAGAAAAAUAGUAACGGUUAAAAUUACCAGUUUUUCCCAAAAAUUAUUAUCAACAAUAUUAUAUUGAAGCCUGGGUGUCCAAAUGAACAGAAUUAUUGUUAAAAAGCUCUGUGCAAUAUGCUAAUCACAGCAUGUCAGGUUUUUUUUUUGUGUGUGUGUGUGUUUUUUUUUUUUAGCUUUAUGUUUGGGUUAUGCGGGAGAACUGGGUAAUAGGAGACUCGGCUUUCUGGGAAACUAAUCUCAUCAAGCCUGUUUUUUUUUUUUUAUUUAUUUUUUUUUAACAUGCUCCACCUUUUGAGACUAAUUGAUUUGUGUAGUAGAAGUCAGAGCAUUAAAGGUGCAGCUUGUUGUAUUGAUUAUGAUGCUAUAAAUCAGUGGGCAUUGUGCCCUGUUUUAGAGCUUUCCCUGGCACCUAUAAACCGAUAAUGUGGAAACUAUACUUCUGCAUUAAGUGUGAUCUUUUCCAACGUUGAAGGCAGUGGUAGGCGUGAGUUCGCUGUGGGUGUGUUAGUUCAGCACUCAAUAGCUGUCUUUGCCAAACAGCUGUUUAUCGACCGUUUGAGACUGAUCAUCUGCUGAAAAGGCCAGUUGUAUGUUACCAGGGUUUGACUAGCCUGUGUCCAAAGAUAAGGGUCCCAAAAGAACAAACAUCUGUGCAUGUGUAUUUAACAGGUUAGUCACAAAGGACACCGUAAAAACUACCAGCUAUACAUUGGAAAUUUUAAAGGUUAAUCUCUACUGGUACCUGGGGGUUAACUCUGGGAAGCACUAACCAAUGUGGACAACAAAGGGUUAACAUUGUGUGGAGUAGUACCGUAUUUGAUGUGUCCGUACUGAAAGAGUUAAUUGUGUGCUUGUUUUACGGUUUAAAGUGCAAUUCUCCAGUUCAUUGUUCUCUGACCAGGUAACCCUGGUCAGCAUAGCUAACCGCAAAUUUCCCUUUCCCUCCUGAUCCUUUUGCACCAAACCCAGCCAGUAAUAUUCGUGUACCCUCUAACGUUUCUGUGAAUGACACUGUGACCGGAAUACUUGUCCUUUAUGACAUAGGUAGCUGAGGACAUAAUCUGUCUGACGGUUUCCUUAGAUUGAGAGAGGUUCUCUACCUAACGGAGAGCUCCCUUUACUUUUGGUUGGGCCCAUACAUAGGUACUUACUCCCACCCCCUUUUGCUCAAUAAUCCUAGACUGGAACCAUGGGAAGGUUCCUAGCACUCUGGUUCCAUCUGUGUCACUGCAGUCUCCUAAAAGGUCCCCACACUGUUUUACAUGUUUGUCAUGCCUUCAAGUAACACCUCAGGAGUGUGGUAGCCCAAUCUACUUGUUUGCCAUAACAAGCUACAUGUCCUGAAACAAAAUAAGUAAGUGCAGUUAAAAAUGAUUUUGGGGCCUCUGCCAAGAGCCCUGGACAGUGCUAUUUGCAGGAUUGUGAAUUUUUACAAAAGAAAUCUGAAACGAGAAAUAGAGGCAAAAAUAACUAAUCUGGAAAAAUUCUCUAAAUGUUGUCUCAAAAGGGCUAUUUUUGCAUCAGUUUUGCCAUUUGGGUUUAUUUUGCAAAAAUCCUGAGUGUUCUUACCCUUUGCCCUCCCAUAGUCUCCCCCUUUUUCAUAGUGUGUGUGCUUGUUGUGUGUCAUCCUUGUGUGCAUUCUGCUUGUCGUGUAUGGUGUGUGUUCGUUGUGUACGCAAGUAUGAUUACGUCCACUGCAUGUUCACAGCAUUCACUAUACACACUGUUUUACAUUACACACAAGCUGGAGUUUACUAUAAUCAUGGUGCAUGUUGUUUUAGUUUUUUUCCUAAAGUUCAAGUUAAACUAUAAUAGGGUGCGUCUUCUAUUAUAAAUAAUACGGUAAUGCAGAGAUGAUUUUGGAUCAGUAUGAAUUUUCCUUGUUCUUUGAACACUUUGUUUAGAACUUUCAUCUCUGUGCAUUCUUUCCGUGUUAGAGCACUUUUGUUUUUACUUCCAUGGCUACACUCCAUUCGAUAUCCUUUGUGUUUAUUUGCCAAAUAAUUUGAUGACUCAGAAUGUUAUAAACACAUGGAUACAUUGGAUAGUGCUCAAUCAUACAUUGAAAAAAAACAACCACCCACCCACAGAUUGAUGACUGAUAAAAAGGUAUUGACACCUCUUGUCUGUUCAUUUUAAAAGUCUAUCAGACUGAUCUCUGUUACUUGUUCAGGUUUACUUUAUGCAAAUCCCAAACAUUUUUUUUAAUUCCUUUAAUGUGCUAGCAUUUACCACUCAUUCAAAGGGAAUUUCUGGCAUGUACUAUCCUUCAUGUAGCCCAUAGUAUACAUAUUGUACUUUAGAUAUCCACCAUUAAUGUAAAGUCAAAUGUUCCUUGGUGACACUCCCCCGAAAACUUCCAUAUUACAACCCUUUGACACACUAUUUUAAAACUGAUUAUUGAAUUAUUUGAUUUUUUGAUGGACCUUUAUAUAUAAAGUUUCAGUCACAGUCAAGAAAGUAGUGUCUAGAGCUGUAUAAACAGAAAUAAAAGUGUUUUAUCUAUAUAUCUAUCUUGGUAUCAUUUUUACAUAUAUAUCUAUCUAUCUUGGCAUCAUUUUGACAUCUAAAGGGAUACUGUAGUCACCAAAACAACUUUAGCUUAAUGAAGCAGUUUGGGUGUAUAGUUCAUGCCCCUGCUGUCUCAAUGCCCAAUUCUCAGCCAUUUAGGAGUAAAAAUGACCUUUAUUUCUGUUUAUACAGCUCUAGACACUACUUUGUUGACUGUGACUGAAACAGUCUGCAUAAAAGAAUGGUUUCAUUUUCAAUCAGACGUUAUCUUUAGAAGCUUGUAUCUCCUGCUCUGUAAAUGUAACUUUAAUCACACACAGGAGGCUCCUUCAAGGUCUAGCAGUGCAGGAAAUAUGAAAUUCUAAAUUAAACAUACUAUGCAAUACAGGAUGUCUAAAUAUUAGAUCUCUCUUUACAGGAAGUGUUUAUUGUGUGCUGGUCACAUGCAGGGAGCUGUAAUUAGGGAUGCAUAAACAAAGUGAUUUAAUGGCAGAGAAUUGAGCAGUGAAUCCACAUUUGCAUGAUCUAUACAGCAAAACGGUUUCAUUAGGCUAAAGUUGUUUUGGUGACUACAGUGUUCCUUUAAAAGUUGGUUUAUUACACUUCUCAAUCAAUUGAAAGUUCAGCACCUGAAAAAUCAGAGCAAAAUUAAAGGUGUGUAGAAAAUGUUUGCUUUGUAUUCUGUUUCCACACCAUCACACAUAAUUAUGCCCAUGAUGUUUUCAUGUCUGCCCAUUUUUAUUCUUCACAUAUUUACUGUAUAAACUAUAUCAAACCAAUUACAUUAUAAAAAAUAUUGUGCCACCUAAUAUACACUCUCCACCUUAUUCUUGUAUUUCUGUGUUGGUUAUGGUGUUUAGAGUGUCCCUUCCAUUUGCUUUAAAUAACAUGAUGUGAUCUUUAUCCAAGCACACUAAGUCAUGCACAUUUUUUUGGGGUGGGGGGAGGGGGGGGAGUUGGUAUUGAUUUACAUCUCUUUAUUGAUCAUAUUGAAGUAUUUUAAUUUCUUUACUUGGAAAAGUAUAUUAACCUCUUUAGUAAACAUCUCUAUAGAUGCUCCAAUACAACGGACCUGCCCUAGAAAGCAAUUCUCGUAGUCCUUAUUGGAGUCUCCUUUCCAUUACUAAUUUAUGAAGCGAGUUGUGGGCUGUUAUACAUGGAUUUCUUAUGAAAAGACAAGGAAAGAGUUGACUAAACUCAGCUAUUCAAUUACUUCUAUCAUUGAGUGAUUCUGUCGAUAAUUUAUGUGAUGGAAUCCUCCAUUCCUAUAGCUUGUGGAGGGGCUUAGAGUUCGUAAUCUGUAAGGAGGAGGCUGAUCUCACAGAAAACCAUGCAAAGUGUCAAAAAGAACCAUUCUCCUCAUCCCCAUAGCAUCCUUGUUAGAGAACCAUGAGAGAUGUGAAGGUUGAAACCAGCCACAUAAAACUAUACCCUAGUGUUGCUGUACAGAUAAUUACUACAUGGUAAAGAUAUACCAAUAGUAAAAAGCUGUGUAGUGCUAAAAUAAAAUCAAUGUAACACUUACCCUUAAGGGUUAAACAAUGAAAACACUGUAAAAAUAACUCAUAUAGUGUAAUCCCUUUGGUGAUAAGUCAGUGGACUAGUAAAAAUGAAUACACUCACAUGGGAAAGAGCCUGGUAUGGAUAGGCUCAAAUCGCUUUAGUGUACGGUGUUAGAGUUCCUACAUUUGUUUGGAAGCUGCUAACACUUUGCACUUUAAUAUUUGUCUAAAGCGCCUUUAAGCAUAGAGCACUUUUUUGUUAUCUGUGAUUUACUAGUGUUGCUAUGUUACAAAAUAGGAACUAGGUCCCUGUGUUGUAGUAUUCCUAGAAGUUUCUUUGUUCUCUUCUUCAAACCCCGUAUUAUUAUUAUUAAUAAGAUAUCUCAGUAGGGAUUUUAAUUUACUAAAAUAAUAGGAAGGGGAUCUUUUAAGGAGGCAUGAAAACUCCUAAUACUGUUCGCCUCAGAAAUAGAAUCACCGUGUCCACUUCACACCUUGGAUUUUGUUGUUGUAUUUCUUCCUAUGAUGAUAUAAAGUUGAUUUUACUAUGAAAGUAAACAUGCUGAAUAGGAUAUCCUCCACCCACGUAUUGUGUGAAAAAUAUCUCUUUUUGGUUUGGAACAGCCGACAGCUGGUUAUAGGACAAAGUAAAUGGAAUCAUGGCUAAUUUUGGAAAGUAAGUAGCUGAGGGGGUGAGCUGUUCAGGAAUAUAUUGGUUGUGAAAGUGCCAUGUUUGAGAAGGAGGUUUUAGGGCUUCAUUCCCCAAAAUCCUUGCAGAUUGGGGCUCAGCAAGUGGGCUGCUGAUAGCAGACCCAAACAUCGUGGCACCUGGGAAGGAACUGUCUUAUCUUAUGUUGAUCACCACCUGGAUGGUGAAUACGCAUUUGUAAGUGCAUAAAUGAUGUGUGUCUGCUAAUACGUGUACUUGGUUUUCACCCUUCAUCUUGUCUCUGCUAAUAUUUGGGGAAAAUGCUACGUGUGCUAUGAUCACUCUCGACAUCUGAGCUAUAUGAGGAAGGCAGAAUAAUGGAUAUAUUCUUGCUAAAAACAGGAGCUCUACUGGAGCACUUCAUACAAACAGGAAUGGGCCGAAAAAGCCAACGAGUAGGUUUAAUCAUUAGGUAUAGGACAUGUUUAGUUAAACUCAUGUCUGCUAAAAGAUGUUCCUCCAGUUACUAAGUCUAAAGGUUAAGAACAUUUUUGCAACAGUUAAAGGGUUACUUCAACAACCAGGACCACGUCAGUGAUUAAAAGUGAUCAUGGUGGUAGGAAUAUGCUUGAAACAUUACACAUACAGAGUUAUUUUUAAUUGUGUGUGGGGAUCUAGGUAGCCCAGAACUCUGUCUACAACACCUAUGCAUACAUACUUAUACACAUUUUUCUGGAGAGGUGGUAAUAGAUUUGUGAUGUGAUGUAAUAUGUAAAUUCUGUGUUUGCUUUUUGAUAUUCUUUGAUUAUAUUGGGUUGCUGCGUAACUACCUACAUUUAUAUUGAACAAUAAAUUAUCUCACACCCUUUAAAACAGACAGUUCUAUAAAUAGCAAAGUCAUGUUGUUUUUAAAUCUGGUGAGAAUGAAUUAGGUGGUUAUUUUUAUCAGUUAAUAGUUUGCUCAUUGUACAGUGAGAGUUGAUUGAUGUGGUUACAAGUUGACCUCGCUGACAUUUUCUUUUUGCUGGGUGUGGCUGCAUACAUGUGCAAUGAUGGACUUUCUUAAAGCAUUAAUAUUACAUGUGUCUAGUUUGGGUAAUAAAGAGUUACUUAUAAUUAACUAUUUUUUUGUUGCAGAAUGGAAAAUUAUCUGCCGAAGUAGAACCAUUUGUUCCUCAGAAGAAGGGAGCCGAAACGAUCGCUAUGCCCAUGGCUGUACCUGGUGACAGUGGAGGUGUCGGUGGACUGGAAGCCACUCCCAUUCCAAGCUAUCUCAUAACAUGCUAUCCAUUUGUUCAAGAAAACCAGUCCAAUAGGUAAUUUGAUUUUUGUCGCGUGCCAGCACCGAGGUAUUCAGAUUGUGAUGUUUACAGCUUAAUGAGCCAUUCUAUAAAUAGAUUUUGUAAUAUUUCUCUGGCAGAUAUGCUUCAGUAAAAGUACAGAAUCACAUGCCCUAGAAUGCAUGAACUUUGCUUUUCUUCUGUGUAAAUAUUUUACAAGUAUUGUAGCAUUUAUAAAUCAGUUCUAUUUGCUUAGUCAUGGUAACCUUCGAUACACAAUAAUUCUGAUCUAAAUAAUCUUGUGCGGCAAUUAAAUGCCUUUGCUUGUUCACAAGGCUUUCAUAAGCACAUACUAUUUUUUUUCCCCCCGCUAAUGUUCAAUGUAUUUGGGCUGAUGAAUACUAUAGCCAUUGCUGCUGCCCAAGAGUGGUGAGAGUUUGAUCACAGGGUUUAGUUUUCUAUAUUUGUUUGUCAUGUUACAGCGCUGCCACUUACCCUUUUAGCUGAAAGCAGCACAGUGAGUUGUUGGUGUAGUACUCACUUAAAAGGUUUGAUUCAACAGGGCAGGUGUACUUAGAUUUUAAUAAUGAUUGAAUUGCUAUUAAAAACCUCCUGUUAUUUAAUUUAAUUUGGUAACUUUUUAGUUCUUCUAUUUAAGGUUGAAACAUAUCUGCUGGGAUACCCUGCAAUUAUAGAGAUCCGUUGGUCCAUAUAUACAUAUUACAACCGACCAAUUCUAAAACUGAAGUUUGGUACAAACUAGAAACAGAGCAAGCCAAAGAAAAAAAAGAUCUUUGCUUAUUAAUUUGGCACGAUCUUAUGAAUAGUCUGCUACGCCAGAUUUCCCACUGGUUUUACAACAGACUCUGAACCAAUUGAAAUCCAUAAAAACUGAGCUAAUUAUUAUUAUUUAUUUUUUUAUAAACUAUAGCGGUGCUAAUUUUAGAAUUUUAGAGAUGUUUGUCCCAGACCAUAAUUUAAGAAAUUGUAAAAAAUCCAAGGUUAUAACUACACUGCCUGAGCAUAUUUAUGUGAAGGUAAUGCAGAGAUGGUAUCUUGUCCCGGAAAGACUUGCAAAUAUGUCUUCAAGGCACUCCUCAUUGUGUUGGAGAUGUGGCAGAGGUUGGAUCUAUGACACACAUUUGGUGGAGUUGCUCCCAAACUACGCAUUUUUGGACAGCAGUCUAUAGAUCAACAAAUCAAUUAGGCGCCCCUGGUCUGGCAAAAAUGCCUGAAGUGGCACUUUUUUACAAUUGAAUUGCGAAAGUAUAAAUCAAGAAGCCAGGAUUAUAAUGAAUCACUGUCUGACUGCUGCCAAGAUGGUGAUUUCCAGAUGCUGGAAAACAAAUUCAGUUCUGUAAUACAGUCAUUUGUAUCCCAAUUAGUUCAUCCAUUAGAAAUGGAGAAAGCUAUACACUACAACAAUAAUAAAGAUUACAUUUUCCACUUCUAUAAUGAAAUAAUAAGUUAGGAAGUAAUGAAAUCCCUAAUACGCAACUUUAAGAACAUAACUGACUAAAAUGUUCUAUUUCGAAUACAUUGGUUUUGUACACAAGCUAAGAAUGGCCCGCCCGGAUGAAUGUGGAGGAUAAAAUAUAAUGUAUAGAGUUGCAUUUGUAAAACAAUCACAUGUUUUUCUUUCUUUUUAUGAACAAAAUGCUAAUUUCUGCAACUUAAAAUUUUCAUGACAUAUGACGUCUUGUAUUGUGAUAUUUAGUUUUUUUUGUUUACCUCAAGAAAAUACUUCAAUAAAGAUUAAAUAAGAAAAAAAUCAUUGUAAAUAUAAUCUACAUUUCUAGAACAUAACCAAAAAUGUAAAUCAAGAUGUUGUAAUUAUAUCAAAUACGCAUAAAUGUGUAUCUCACAGAAACCUCCAAUGUCUUGACGUAGAGCAUUUCUCCACAAAUAUCCAAACUCUCCUUUCACCUAUCUCAAACCUCACCUGUCCUAGUUCUGCAACCUCCUUCUACAAUUCCACCCUCUCCUCUCAACUUGACAUCAUGGCACCUUGUACAUUUAAACGCCGCAGGCCUCCCCCCAACAACAACCCUGGCACACCAAGCUCACUCGAUACCUCCAAAAAUGCUCCUGAACUGCUGAACGCUGUUGGAGAAAGUCUCACUGCGCAUCUGACUUUCUCCACUAUAAAUUUAUGCUGAGCUCAUACAGCUUGGCUCUUUCCUCUGCAAAAGUUAAUUACUUCAAUAUCCUCAUAACCACACUCUCCCGCGAACCCAAACGACUAUUUCACACAUUCAUCUCACUUCACUGACAAGAUCUCUACAAUCAGAGAAGAGAUCUCUCAUCUGUCUUCUUCCCCUUACAAUACUUCCCCUAACUUCACUCCCUCUGCUGUUUUAUGUUCAUUCGCACCCGCUACAUUGGAAGAGGUUUCUGCUUUGCUCCAGUCCUUCCGCCCCACCACCUGCUCCCUAGAUCCAAUUCCCUCGCAUCUCAUCCGUACUCUGUCUUCUUCUCUUUCUCCACCUCUCACUAAAAUUCUCAAUCUCUCUCUCUCCUCUGGUAUAUUUCCAUUGCCCUUCAAACAUGCAACUGUAACCCCAAUUCUAAAGAAGCCUAAUCUUGACCCUAACUCCCCAUCCAACUAUCGUCCUAUCUCGCUACUGCCUUUUGCAUCCAAGAUCCUUGAAAAAAUUGUGUAUGCGAGAUUGACAGACUUCCUCGAGUUCAACUCUCUGCUAGACCCGCUUCAGUCUGGUUUCCGCGCUAAGCACUCUGUGGAAACUGCACUGACCAAAGUAUCCAAUGAUCUACUCGCUGCAAAAUCUCGUGGUCAAUACUCUAUCCUAAUUCUCCUUGACCUGUCUGUGGCUUUUGACACUGUUGAUCAUCAACGGCUUCUUCUCAUCCUCCGCAAUAUCGGUGUACAAGAUAUUGCUCUCUCCUGGUGCUCCUCCUACCUCUCCCAGCGCUCUUUCAGUGUUUCUUUCUCUGGCUCUGCUUCUUCUCCCCAACUCCUCUGUUGGUGUCCCCCAAUGUUCAGUCCUUGGUCCCCUACUGUUCUCCAUCUAUACUGCCUCCCUUGGUAAACUCAUUAGUUCCUUUGGCUUCCAAUAUCAUUUCUAUGCAGAUGACACGCAAAUCUACCUGUCCUCUCCUGAUCUCUCCCCGUCCCUCUUGACUAGUGUCUCUGACUACCUCUCUGCUGUUUCUAACUGGAUGGCUGCCCACUUCCUUAAACUAAACUUGACCAAAACUGAAAUUCUGGUCUUUCCUCCCUCAAGUGUUGUUACUCCUGUGUCUGUCUCCCUCCAAGUCAACAGUGCUACCAUCAGCUCCACCACGCAGGCUCGCUGCCUAGGUGUUCUCUUUGACUCCGACCUCUCCUUCAAGCCUCAUGUUCAGUCUAUCGCCAAAUCCUGUCAUUUCAAUCUCAAAAACAUUGCGCGCAUCCGCCCCUACUUAACGCCAGAUGCGACUAAGGUGUUGGUCCAUUCCACUGUCCUUUCUCGCCUUGACUACUGUAAUCCGCUUCUCAGUGGUCUUACGUGCUCCCAACUUGCGCCGUUACAGUCCAUAAUGAAUGCGGCGGCGAGGCUCAUCUUCCUGUCCGCCCGCACCUCCCAUGCCUCACCCUUCUGUCAGUCCCUACAUUGGCUUCUUAUAAAAUAUAGAGCUCAAUUUAAAAUUCUGGUUCUUGCUUUCAAAUCUCUACAUAAUGCUGCUUCCACCUAUCUAUCCUCCCUUAUACACAAGUAUGUCCCGUCUAGGCCCUUACGAUCUGCUAAAGACUUACGUCUAUCUUCUGUCCGUACUCCCACUCCUGAUGCUCGCCUUCAAGAUUUCUCGAGGGCUGCACCGUUCCUGUGGAACUCGCUUCCCUCCUCCUUUAGAUGCUCACCCAGUCUCCACUCCUUCAAAAAAUCGUUAAAAACCCACUUCUUCAUAAAAGCGUAUCAAUUAAACUGUUAAUAGCUCCUGACUGAUUCUUCUUCUGCAACUGUCAGUAGUCUAAUACUAUCCUUACCUUUUUGUGUCAUUUUACCCCACUCCCUCUAGCAUGUAAGCUCAUUGACCAGGGCCCUCAACCCCUCUGUUCCUGUGUGUCCAACUUGGCUGGUUACAACUACAUGUCUGUUCGUCCACCCAUUGUAAAGCGCUGCGGAAUUUGACAGCGCUCUAUAAAUAGCAUAAUAAUAAUAAGAUCGCUGAGCAUUUGCAGCCCCCGAUUUGUUCUUCCAAAUCUUAUUUAUCUUCUAAAGUUAUACUAAUAUAGUCUUUUUCUAGAACAUAAUUCUCUGGUGUUUGUAAUGUACACAAAGUAUCGUAGUUUUUUUUAAAAUAUAUAUAUAUAUAUAUAUAUAUAUAUAUCUACCUACUUAACUGGUCAAAAUAAUAUAUAAUGAUUACAAAUAAAAAUGACUGUUUAAGUUGCUACUAUUACAAUCCUUAGCUUCAUACGCGCGUGUGUGUAUAGGGGGUCACACACAGACGGCUGCAGUAAUUGGAGUUACCAAAAAUAUACAUGGUUUGUGCUGUAGUAAAUUGUCCACCAUUUCCCUACACAUGUCCAUGUGUGUCUUGACUUACAAAGUAGCCCAGCGGCCUAUAUAAUGUACUUGCCCUGGUGAUUUAUAUAACUUUACCCAGGGACAGUUGGGUCACACUGUAGUAUCAGUGUAAUUUCAGAAGUUAACUGUAAUUUAUAGGAAUCAUUGUUAUGAUUGUAUGUUGAUUGAAAAAUUGGCACUAGGAACGCCUAACUGAACACUUUGUUAUUCUUGGCACUUUGUUAGAAACCCUAUAUUGUAACUACUCUAAUUUGUAUUUUUGAUUUAGAGCAGGUUCCUCUUCACCUCUUGUCUUUGUCAGCACCACUUUGUAUGCCAUGCUUGUUGUUUUAUAUCCCCAAUGUAUAAUUGUAAAUCCCAGUGGAAUAUGUUGGUGCUAUAUAAAUGAUGAUAAUAAUUGUCCAACUAUAUCUCCUUUCUUUCAGACAAUUUCAGCUUUAUAAUAAUGAUAUAAGGUGGCAACCAUCAAACUCAAAUCCUCCUGGUCCCUACCUUGCUUACCCUGUUCUACCUAGUCAGCCACCUGUGUCCACAGAUUAUAUGAUGUAUUAUCAGCUAAUGCCAGCACCCUGUGCUCAAGUCAUGGGAUUCUAUCACCCUUUUCCACCUACCUAUCCAACACCACUCCAAACCACCAAUGCUGUAAAUGCAGUAUCUGUAGACUGCAAUGAUCGUGCAAGCCAGCAGGCUCAGAUCAGCAUGUUAUCCAGUCAGAGAAACCGAAGCAGCACAAGAGGACCACUUAUACAUAAAGUACGUAUAAAAAUAAUAUAUUGGGUAUUUGUAUAACAAAAAGAAAUAAUGAAAUAUUUAAAGGAAAACUGUGUGCAAAAAAUGCAUAAUGUUUUUUAAUGCAUGUGAUUAAUUAUUGCAAAUGGAAAAUUAAUUUAUUAAAAUUUGCACAGAUAUUUCCUAAACCAUAAAAUUCAUACCUUCCAUUAACUGCAGAACUGGAUGGUACUACUAAUGAUGAUCCACCUACCCUUAGCACAGCACUUGCUUACUUGUGAGUUCUUGGAAUUUCCCAAUCAACUAUCCCCAUAGAGAAACAUUUAGGACCUAAUCUCCAGUCUGUAGCUUACUAUAGAAGUGGAUGGUUGUAAGAUUUCAGAACUCAAUUAGAAAAAUAAAUCAUACUUUAGGAUUGUUUUAGUUCAAGGGCUGUUUAACUUUUUAAGUAUAAAGCUGUCGCCCUCUGGACACAUAAAAAUGAGUAAAGCUUUUGUGGACUAAUAAUCCAAUCAAGCGUAAUCAUCAAUUAGAUGAGGUUGACUGGAGUUCGAUUCUGUAUAAGCAAAGCGUUGCUUUAUCAUCCCAUUUCAUCACAUCUGUAUAUUGACUCCCACUAGACUCAGCCAGGAUCUCACUGAGCAUGAUAGGAGUUGUAGUCUAGCAUGAGCAGGCAAUUCUUACACUCAUUUUGAUGAGACAUAAAUUUCUAGCAAAGUGGGUAUUUUUUGUAUUUUUACCAAAGAAUACCAGAGGUAAACCAGAACAGAGUAGUUUUAUCUUUAGCAGUGAAUUGUAGAGUAGAAAGUUAAAUUGCCUGAGAGCCAUGUAACAGGAGCUUUGCCACUAUGUGUGAACUCACCUAACCAUGAACAGUCUGUCUAAAGCAUCUGAGGUUGACAUGCUAUGUAUUCUGACACUGGAGCACAGAACUGAUUCUGUCAGUCAAGGAGUGAUUAUACCAAGAGGCUGUCUGACAGCCCAGGGAGGGGACACUUGCAUACAGGACAAAAUAGUAUUUAUCUUCGGAAUGAAACCAUUUUAAAAAGAAAGGCUACAGAGACGUGUUUUUACACUGUAACAUCUUCUGUCUGGUUAAUCACCCUUUACAGAUCUGAUAAUCCCUUUGUCUGUUUGAGAAAACCUCUAAAAUUAGUCCCUUGAACAAAUUCAGAUAAUUUAAUUCUGGACUGAUCUGUUCUUCAGGCUUCCCUAAAUUUUGUUCAUAAGUCUUUUUAAAGAGAAACUGUCACUUGUCUGGAAUGUACACCGUUAAAUAAAACAUUGAAGAUCACCUUAAACCUUUAUUGCCAUUUUUUAGAUGCUCUGAGGUUUUUUUGGUUUAGUUUUGAGUUUUAUACUACAGAUUUAACAAAUGAUAUCAUAAUCCAGUUCAGACAAGGCAAAGCUAAGGCAAGCAUUGCAAAUGAAGAGAAGAACUAGAAGCGUUCUUUAUUUCUCCUCUUCUCUGUAUGCUUUUCCUAUGCAAAAGACCGAGCCUAUGAUGAUUGACAGAGAUCUAAGUUGGAGGCUUUGGGUUGCAUGAUAGACGUGUAGAUUUCAACAUUUGCUUGUAUUUUUUUACGCCCCACAAAUACAUAUUAUAACACAUACAUACUAAUAUUUCGUUAAAUCUGCGAACAAGUAAACAUAAUAUUAAAAAUAACGGGAAAUGGCAGUUUCUCUUUAGAAUGUUUUAUAAUUAAUUAAAACUGAUCGCACUUAGCUGGCUUGGCUAGGGCUGCAUAAACAGAAACAAAAGGGAAUUCUCUCCUAAAUGGUGAGAAUGGGCAUUGAGACUCCAGGGAUAUGAUCUAUAUUAAAACUGCUUCAUUAAAGUUGUUUGCUUACAUUGUCCCUUUACAUAACUAUUGUUUUGUAUUUCAUGUGUUUAGAAUUUAAACACCAAUGUGUUGCAUUUGUGUUUAUUAAUUGUUUGUAGUUCUGUGUACAUAGCAGAGUGCUAACAGUGCAGGUGUUUCUUCUUUCCUUCCACCAACAGCAACCACAACAGUCUCUGCCUCAAAUAAAAUGUAAGAGACCGCCAAUGAAAAGUGUGGCCGUACAGAAGGAAACCUGUGCAUCAGGCCCCGAUAUCAAAUCUAAAAUUGUCCUUUUAGUGGAUGCCUGUCAACAAACUGGUAAGGGAUAGUCACACAACGUGCGCACAAUCUCAGACUCCUGAUGGUAGUUUCCAUGAGGUUUAGAAACAUAGCAUUGGAUCUGCAGCAGAUAUAUUUAUCAUCUCCACAAAUGAAAAAAGGAAUUCAAUAUUUUCAGUAAGGUAUCGCUUGCGAUUGAAAAAUUGUCUUCAGUAUAUUCAGCAUAUAUAUUUAGUUUCUUUCAUGAAGUAUUGCUACAUUAUCUAGCAAAUGUGAAAUUAAACAUUAAUCUCACUACAUGGCUCUGCUUGUAAAAAAAAAAUGGUAUCCUGAGAACACAAAGGUAGUGCCCUCAUAAGUAACCUUUAUUUAACAUACUGCUUUAUAACUUGUAAACAGUAAUCCAUUUUAACACUUGGACAAUAUAUCCUUAUUUUGCCCCUUUUGCGUGAUGCACACAAGUAAAUAAAGCUGUCUUUAUUGGCUAUCAGAAAACAAGUUAAAAAAAAAAAAAAGUGUAAUGAAAACACUAUGUGAUUGGAUUAAGGUUAGGCACCAGAUGUGCAUUGUUAAGUACAAUUUCUUAUCUGGGUCAGCUAGUAUGUAAUUUUUUGUUUUCAGAAUACAUGGAUCCAUAUUCAUGUACACGCACAUAUUUUGUAUCUAUGAAUUUUAAAAUGUUUACUCAUGAAUCAUAAUAGCACUAUCCUAUUCAAAAUCCUGCAAUUUAUCAUUAGUAUGCAGCCCAUAAUAGCACUAUCCUAUUCAAAAUCCUGCAAUUUAUCAUUAGUAUGCAGCCCAUAAUAGCACUAUCCUAUUCAAAAUCCUGCAAUUUAUCAUUAAUAUGCAGGCCAUUGCUGUGAAACAUUCUUUGGGAUGAUGAAACUGUGAUUUACUUUUCUAAUUACUGAUAUAUUCGUAUAACCGGCUACUCAUCUGAUGGCAUAUGUUAUUUAUAUCACUGCUCCUGUAACCGUUUUGAGGAGACAUUAGACUGGAUAUAGUUAAUCCAUAAUAUUUUUUAUUGUAGAUUUUCCCAGUGAAAUCGCCAAUAAGUCACUGUGUGAAAGCAUGGGUGCAGUUCCCUGGAAAUCCAAACCAAGGCGUAGACGGUCUUCACAUCCUGCGGGCGAGUCCUCAAGUGAACAGGGAGCAAGUGAGGCUGACAUAGACAGUGACAGUGGGUACUGCAGUCCAAAGCAUUGCCAAGCAGCAGCAAUGUGUUCCAGGCACACAGACUGCACAGCACUCAAUGUACGUAACGUGAAUAAUUUCAUUCUCAGCAAGAUGUGAAUACGCAAACAUAGCCAGUGCAGUUUUUAAUAUACAGGCUAAUUGAUUUGUACCCAUCAAGAUUUCAUCUGCUGUUUUUAUACUCCGCACUUUUCUGUAGUUCUAAUAGUUUUGUUAAUUUCAAUUUAGAUCUAACAAAUUGCGAACUGUUUGCAAAACAGUAUUUUUAAGUAAGCUACUUAUUAGCGAUUUGAGCAGGUCAUAUAUUGUUGAAGUGAUGAUUACAGAAAAGUUUUGUUUCCUAUUCUACUAAGACUCCUGUGCAUUAUUUUAAUAUAACUGAGUACCCCAUUCCAUAUCUGCAACCCUGCUGUUCAUUUAAUAUUUCUCUCUUGCACGCUUUCUUCAUAUUUAUCCCUAAUAUAUACAUAUAUUUAUAUGUAUAUGUUCCCUAAUAAAUUUCCUAUCUACUUUACUGUAAGUUAAAACUGUUGUGUACUUAUUAAGCAGAUCGCGGCAGAAAAGUUUGGAUAAAAAAAAGCCUUUAGGUGCUUUCCUCCUCCCAUACCAUCUCGAGGCAGUGUAUAGUUUUUCAAGCUUGUAUUCCACUUGUUCAUGUAUUUAUGCAUCUCGGUAUCAUUAGCAAAUCUAAUUGGACUUUUUAUUUUUGCAGAUAUCAGAUCCAGCAGCAUCUUCAGGUAUUGUAUCAAUUUUUCUUAUGUCUUCUCAGGUGUUAUAUCAAAGUAUUAUUAGUAACUUGUACAGCUAAAGCAGUCUUUUAUCGCUUUUAUUAUAGAUAUAUUGGUUGUACUUUUUUUCCUGAAAUAUUUUAUUUACCCAAUACAAACACGAUUUGAUUUUCUCUCUCUCCUUUUUAAAAAAAAAUUUAAUAGUUGGAGGAACUUGGGCCAGCGUUGCAUCCCAGGCUACACAGAAAAGGCCUUGGAAUGAUAAAGGUCAAGCAUUUUCUAGAGGGGGAAGACCCACUGAAUUACGAAAUAAUACUCAGGUACAAUAUAAUGGAUAUCAGAAUUCUAUAUAUUGUAAUCACAUUAUACGCACACAGCCACGCUAAUAUUGUUUCUGCCAAAACUAAUAGUUUGAGGAUAUUUUCUGCAUGUGUUUGCAGUAUAUCAGUGUAAAACAAACAACAACAAAAAAUGAACUCCUUAAGGACACAUGACGGAAAUAUUCCAUCAUGCCUCCCUUUUAUUUCUGAAGUUGUGUCCUUAAGGGGUUAAAAACCAUAUCACUUUUACCACCCUUGCACUUCUGUGUUAUGGACGGCUUUGUCACCAGUUGAGUUGUACCAUUCAUUGAACACUGCAGGGGUUAAUCUAAUUUACAUGCCAUGCCUGGUUCAGUGUCUAAUGUGAGUUGGCCUGUAUCAAUAUUGCAUUUUCUUCUCCACACAUGUUGAAGGAAGGAUACGUGGUUGCAGCUUGAUGUCUGCUCAGAGGUAGAAAAACCAACAAUAAUGGAGAUGUGUGCUCCGCAUGCUUAAGAGUAUUCCCCAAUGAAUAAAUUGUGAUCGCACAAAGCAGACUUUGUUUUCUGGGAUGUAUCAAGUAGCAUUAGAAAAGUGUGUGUUGGUUGCUGCGCAGCCCUCUACUGGGGGAGACAACUUCAAGCAAGAAUAACAUGCUAAAUGAUUUAUUGUGCCCAGCAAAAUAUAUAAUUGCAUUUUGAACUUUUAUUUUUUUAUUUUAUUUACUUCUAUGCAGCUUGGAUAUCGUUUAAGAGGGCAAAGCACAUCAUCAGAAAGGAGGCAGAAUAUUCAGAGGAAGAAUGACAGUAAGGCAGGAGCUACAAACCUGUUAAGCAGACCUGAGCAAGGCUCUGAGCAUCUUUAUUUCGAGGUAAGUCUUUCUUCCAUGGAAGCAGUGGGUAUGUCGUAUAGGAAACUUAACAAAUCAUGUGGUCUGGGGCACACAUGUAAGGCUUCACUAUUUUCACGGUUUAGGAUGAAGAUGAGUUUCCUGAGUUGAAUAGUAGCAGUGGAAGUACCAGAAAUGAAAACACCCAACCAAAGAUUGCUGCUAAAGUGGUAGGUAUGAGGUUUCUUGUGAGAAGACACUGCUGCUGUUUGAUUAUGUAUUACUAAUGAGCAAUAUUUUGCAGGAUGAAAUUGUGCUCAAAAGCUUGUGGGAUUAACUUUGAAAAUGCACUUCUCAUUCUUAUUGUUUGAUUUUAGUUGGAUGAUUUACCAGAAAAUUCACCAAUUAAUAUAGUCCAAACCCCAAUCCCCAUCACAACCUCUGUACCAAAGCGGGCUAAGAGUCAGAAGAAGAAGGCACUUGCGGCAGCUUUGGCCACAGCACAGGAAUAUUCCGAAAUUAGCAUGGAACAGAAAAAGCUCCAGGUUAGUUACACACUGCAGCGUUUGGAAGUUUACCUGUAUUGUGAAUAUAUUCUGUAAAGCAUGGUUUCCAUAGUUACUGCUGACCUUUAUAACUUUGCCCCUACGUUGCUCUUGGAAUAAUAAUCCAAAUGUAUUUUUGUCUUUCCUGUAGUGCAGAUUCAAAGAAUGCUUGUGGCAUAUAAUUUGUUUGGUUUUUGUAUAAUAUAAUACAUCAUCAUAAAGUGACACUAUCAUUGAGAAUGUUUAUGCCAAUUUGCAGAGCUCCUAUAUUUUAGGAUUUUUAAUUCUGUUCAAUUUAUUUUAUAUAAAUAUGGAAUAAAUAUUUCUAGAUAACGUUUGCUUCCCUUUAGCAAUUAAAUAUUCCUUACUUUUUUUUCAUUGUAAUGAUUACGCCGGGAUCACUGCUUCUGCAUUGCCACUUUUACUAAUUUAUAUCUUUUUAGAGGACUCUGUAUGUUUACUUUUAUUGUCGCUAAAGCAACUACUGUUCACUAUUUAAAAAAAAAUUUUAAAAAAAUAAUAAUUUUUUUUAAUGCAGGAAGCAUUAUCCAAGGCAUCAGGAAAGAAAAGCAAGACUCCAGUGCAGCUAGAUUUGGGAGACAUGCUGGCAGAGUUGGAGAGACAGCAGCAAGCAAUGAAAGCUCGUCAGAUUACAAACACCAGACCUUUAUCUUACACUGGUGAGGGGGCAUACAGCUUGAAAAUAAGAGCUCUUUUCACAUGUGUAUUAAGUGACACCAGCACAGUGAAAUUGAUACCUUACUUUAUAGGCUGUUGGACUUGCUGUAAGAUUCCCUAUAAAGUAUGUAUACCACUUGUGUUACAAUCUAGUUGUAACUUCCCCCUCCAUAUAUUUGUUGGCCACAUCUCUACUCUGUAGUGGCAACACUGUAGCUUAUUGCAGUGAUUAUGGUGCUAUGAAUGUGUGUGCCAUUGAAUUUGUUUUCUAUCAAACUAUAUUUGAAAAACAGAGCCCUUUCAGACACCCAUAACCCCUCUUCUCUGCUGCCAUGUAGGUAAUGUGAAAAUUGCACUUACAAAUUCUAGAAAAUUAUGUUGGUAUUCCUAAUAUGUAUUUCUGUUGUUAUAACCCAAUACUAUUCCAGGUGAUUUAUUUACUUGUCUUUUUUUCAGUUGGCAGCACUGUCCCAUUCCACACCAAAGACCAUGCAAGCAGAAAUGUGUUUGCAAAGGCCCAGUCGCCAUUGUGUUCUCCUAACCCUUUGGAUUCCACUGCUCCCCGUGUUAAAAGAGGAAAAGAAAAAGAAGUUCCAAAACUGAAACGCCCUACUGCACUUAAGAAAGUAAGAUUACUCUAACAUUAAAAAAAGUAUAGUAUAGUGUGUGUAGAUACUUGAAACCAAUUUUGUCACAUUACAUGAAGCUGUAACUACUGUGCCAGUUCCUAGGGAGUGUGUGGGACUGUGGAAACAUAGUGACAGCCAUUGUUAUUUUCAGAUGCUGUCACAUUGAAGCCAUGCAUGCCUAUGCCAUUGGGAAGAUGUGCCCUGAUUGACAAAGUGCUUCCAAGUUGGGCAAUCCUUUAUACGGAGGAUAAAAUGUAGAUAUAACAGCCACGGCAUGAUGGUUGCAAUUGCUCUAGUUUGUUAAAAAGACAAUCUGAGCACCAACAUUACUUAAUUUUAUUGAAGGGGGCAUACAUGCUGCCCCCCGCCAUGCAACCUUUCUAAUAAAAACAGUGCUGCUUCUGAGAAAUGGUCCUUUUUAUGUUUUACUAUUUCCAUGCUGAUAGUGGCUGUCAUUCAGAUAGCCACUAUGGUUUUCAUUCUAAAAUUGUAUCAAAAUGAGCCAUAUGUCUGCAAUGCUUCUGUAUGAAAAGCAUUAGAUUGAACCAAAAGCCAUCAAGCUUCACAGUAGUAAGAUCAGGCUGCAGUGAGGAGUCUUUUUCAGCACUGGAUUACAAAUAAGUUUUAUAGCAAUUUUUUAAUAAUUUGUUUUGAAAGGGAUAUGCAUUAAUUUUUCUUUAUUAGACUGUUCAUUAAAUACACUUGAAAGCAAUGAAACUUAUAAUUUAUCACUAUGAAAUACUUGUGUUAGCAGUUGUCACGACAGGAGCACUUUAACUUUUUGGAUUAUGUUUAAUAAACUGACAAGCAGAACAUUUAUACCAAGAUCUGAUUCUACCUUCUAUGUCUUCUUCAAGAUUAUUCUAAAAGAAAGAGAAGAAAAAAAAGGGCGUUUAUCCGUGGAGCAAAGUAUUCUGGGGUCUGAUGAACAAAAGGAUGGUCCAUUAAAUUUUGCAGAUGACCAAUCUGAAGAGCAAGUCUCUCAAGAAGGUACAUAAUUACUUUUGUUUUACUUCAUCCACAUUUACAAAUGGUUAAGUAAGGUCUAAAUAAGACAAGUGUAAUGUUGCAUGUCCCCACCCCCCUCCCUGUAAAAUGCGAGAUCCAUUACAUCUGUCUUUAAAACUCUAACGUAAAAUAAUAUUAAGCUAGGUAGUUCAAAGGUUAAUAAUCUUUUUUUUUUUUUUUCCUUCCACUAGAAGCAGGUCUAAGUGCACAAAGUGAUACCUCGCUUUCACCAGCAAGUCAAAACUCCCCUUAUUGCAUGACACCAGUAUCCCAGGGCUCACCAGCCAGUUCUGGCAUCGGCAGCCCAAUGGCAUCCUCCGCUAUUACCAAAAUUCACAGCAAAAGGUUUAGAGAGUAAGUGUUCAGUACAUGCCCAUUUUAUUUUAUUUUCGAAUAUGGAAACCUAGCAUUAUGGGAUUUAGUAACUGUAUUUAAUUGCUCUUACACAAUGCCUUCAUGUAGACAGUAUUACCACUUUUUACAUUUUGUUAUGGCUGUAGACGAGUUCCAAAUUUUGUAGUAUUUUAGUAUAUCAGUGUAUUUAUUGGAAACCAUGUAGUCAGUGUUUUGAACCUCUUAAUCCUUUUAUCUUGUGAAUUUUACACGCUCUUUGAAGACAGGAUCAACAGUAUGUAACAUUAUUUUAUAGGCUAUAAAAAAAUAAAAGGUCCAGAUCAUAUUUAUUUGAGAAACAUAGUUUGCUGACAUGAUACAAUCCAAUAUUGCGGUCUUGUGAGCAAUAACUAGGCAUGAGAGCAGCACCACAUGCAGCGAGGAGAGAAACAUCCAAAUAUUUUUUUCAGCAGUGUUGGACAGGCACUCUGAGAAUGGAGAGCUAAUAGAAAUAUGUUUUAUUUACACAAAGCCAUCAUAUAAAGUGCAGGGGGCAUUUAACCAGUUAUAGAAAGCAGGUAUGUGCUUCCCAAACAGGGGUAUGCAGACAAGAUGUGUUUUACAGCAAGUGUAACACCCACUAAAAACAUGAUUCUCAGCAGGAGACAGGGAUGAUGGAAAUACAUUAAAAUAUGAGCUUUUAAUAGUAUUAAAAGAAAACAAAAAACACUUAACAGGAGCCUAGACAGAUGGUUAAAAAAACUACAAAAUUAGGUCUGUCACUUUAAUACAUAAGCUUUUGUCUCAGUACUGUGGAAUAAGGAUGUAAACUUCUUAAAUUGUGACUGCAGUAGUUAGAUUGGCAUACAUCUGAAAAAAAAAUCUUUAUUUUUGUGGUGCGAUUAUCACUAAUUUGUGAUAUUAAUUCUUUGUGUAUUUUUAUUUGUUAGGUAUUGCAAUCAAGUACUAAGCAAGGAAAUUGAUGAAUGUGUUACCGUGUUAUUACAAGAACUUGUCAGCUUCCAAGAGCGGGUUUACCAAAAAGACCCCAUGAAGGCAAAAUCAAAGAGAAGACUUGUUAUGGGUUUACGAGAAGUUACUAAACACAUGAAGUUAAACAAGAUAAAAUGUGUUAUUAUUUCUCCAAAUUGUGAAAAAAUUCAGUCAAAAGGUAUUAUUUUCUUUCUUACAGGUUUCAAAAGGUUUUCAACAGCUCCCAACACACCAAAGCAUACCACACUGAUAGCUGCCAUUUGUCACUGUAGCUGCUGCUUGUAUGGCUACAUAUAAAGUAUAAACUUUAUGAGCUUUUAUGUCAAAAGCCAUCAGUUGUAAAGCAAUAACAAAAGAAGUAUCAACAUAUAUAAUGGAACGGGUGCUUGAAUCCAGUGAUUCUGUUAGUCCCAGUUAGGAGUUAAGCAAUUCCUUAACUACGCAUUCCUUUACGAAGACAUUCUGAUGGUAGAUUUCACAUUUUGCCACGAAGAUGUGGCAUAGGUUUUGUCCUUUUUUUAACACUUUUAUGAAGCUUUUCAGGGGCAUCUUGUUUUGCUGAUUACAAUUUCUAUGCAUUUUAUUCAUUUGCCUUUGUUCCCAUGUUUGGAUAUUAACUUUAUAUGUUUUAGGAUGACCAAUCUUUCUGUUAUGUGUAUUUGAGUAUUUAUAUCUAUCUAUCUGCUAUGUCAAAAUAAAUAUAUAAAUAUAUAUAUAUAUAUAUAUAUAUAUAUAUAUAUAUAUAUAUAUAUAUAUACACACACACACAUACAUACAUCAAUAAGGGGAGCACACCAGGACUUCAAUAUAGUGCAAAAAGUAUUUACUGUAUCCAAAACAUGGUACAAAUUCUGUGCAAAGAAAAUCAACGUUUCGACCCUGCUGGGGUCUUUAUCAAGAUCAAGAUGGUGAUCUUGAUAAAGACCCCAGCAGGGUCGAAACGUUGAUUUUCUUUGCACAGAAUUUGUACCAUCUUUUGGAUACAGUAAAUACUUGUUGCACUAUAUUGAAGUCCUGGUGUGCUCCCCUUAUUGAUUUAUGUAUAUUUGGACGCGGGACUGCACCUAGGCAUUUGAUUCACUACAAGAGGAAUUUCAGGAGGUGUGCCUUGCUUAUUCAUUUUUUAUAUAUAUAUAUAUAUAUAUAUAUAUAUAUUCCACAGACCAUUUAACUGUAUGUGGCCAGUACCUUAAGAUUGAUUGCAUUGUGACCUACCCAGAGUCACUAAAGAUCUUGUUUCUUGCCAAUGCAGAUUGUGUGUUACCAGAAGAGCAGGUCUUAAACCUACAGUUAUACUCUGUGCACCCAAUCUGUAUUUUACCGUGAAAUCUGUUUUAUGUUGCUUGCCUUUCUCCUGUAUAUAUCCAGUUGGUUGCAUAUGCUGGUCUGUACGAGAUUUGGUGGGUAGACUCCGUUUUACACUGCUAAACUCUGACCCAUCUAUUCCAGUGUGAGAAGCAGAUUUUGAUUUGCUUGUACUCCACUUCAAUUAGGGCAUUGAGUAUGGUUAAAAGAGAAUAUCUACUGUUUAUCUUAAUAGUUCAUUAUAAAUUUAAAGCAACAUUCCAGGUGCCACAUUUAUUUUUGUGUAAGUUAAGAUGUAUAGUAUUGUACUUGUUUCUUGUGUGAUCACUAGAAAAGUGAUCACAGCUAGCAGCAGACUGACAAACAUGCAUUUUUCAUAAACCCCACUACAGCAUUUUUCAGAAUGUUCCAUUCGAAGAUGCAUAGCAAAUUAAGAAAUGACCAUUUGUUCAUUAUCAAAUGCCCAUGUAUGUUCGUUUGUUUUAUGAAUUUAUCAAAUUUUCAUUUAGGACACCCAUGGAUUUGCAGUUUUGUUUUUUCAAGCAUUAUUCUUUUCAUACAUUAAAAUGGAAGGUAAAUCCACAGUGGAGUGUUCCAUAAAUCACUAUGAUCACUAUCAAGUUUGAUUAAUAUUAAUUGUCAAGAAUUUGAGUUUUACAAUUUAAGCCAAAAUAGCAGAACGGGAAAUCUGAAAUGAAGAAUUUUUCCUUUCUGACCUUCAAAUUGCAAUCCAAAUAGAAUUCACACUAUAUGUAUUACUAUUAUUAUGAUUGAUAAAUCUAUGCUUGUGGGAGGGUUAUGCAUUUAUUCAUAUUGCAGGCAGUUGGUUAUAUUGCUUCGUUUCAUUUUGAUAUUGAGUAACAGACCAGUUAAUGUACUUAUGUUUUAUUAAUAUUUUCUUUGUUUUGUAGGUGGCCUCGAUGAAGCACUAUAUAAUGUAAUAGCCAUGGCCAGAGAACAAGAGAUCCCUUUUGUAUUUGCUCUUGGAAGAAAGGCACUUGGUCGCUGUGUGAAUAAAUUGGUACCUGUUAGUGUUGUGGGUAUAUUCAGCUAUUCAGGUGCAGAGGUAAGAAAGGAUGAGUGUCCAGUGUGGCUAUGGAAAAAUAGUUCUCACAUUGUGCUAUGUUCUACUAAGCUCCUAAUUUGCCAGUUAGCUCAAAGCACACAUGUAACUCACAUUUUUAACAUCCGGUAUGGAGCAGUUUUGGAGCUUUACAGUGAAUAGCUAAAGUAUAUUAUAUAGAUCUCACCAACUCAUUGUGAAAUGCUUGCCAACUCUUUUACAAAGGCUAUUGUCAUCACGUUUAAAAAGUAUAUCGGAAUCAGCCCUUUAGUGUUUAUACUAACAGUGCUUUUUGAUUGACAUGGGUGUCUGUCAUACUCGGGCUAAAACCUUGAUUGAUCCACCUGUGUUUAAGUGAUUUUUGGGAGUUUGAUAUUUUAAUCUACAUCAAUAUAAUGUUCUCCACUGCUGGUGUUGCUAGCUAUUUUAUUUUUGGGUUUUAGAUCCCUUUGGGAAUGAGUGGUUUUCUGUUGAAAAGAAAUCCAGAUAUUUACACCUACCUGUAGAGUUUAGGGAACCCUCAAACACUAUAGCUACUAUAGCCUAUUGCACAGUAAUAGCUCUUGAUGACGGCGUGAUUACACGCUGAAACGCGCGUCGAGCGCUUUAUUUUAUUAUGUGUUUUUUUUAUUCACUAGGUAGCAGUUAGGUAGUUAGUAUGAUUUAUUGAGUUAGUAUAUUUAGCCCUUUUUGAUAUUUUAAGGGAUCCUCUCUUUACUUUUUUUAGGCAGGGACUUUUUGUGGUCCAGAGGGGCUCCUCUGGACUUAGGGUUUGUUCAUAUAGGGAUUGCCCUGGUGCUCUCUUUUUCCCUAGAUAUAUUUCCAGGUAUUGGCUCCUUUGACCUGCCUGUCUUGUUAUUGGGGGACUUACAGACUAUAAUUCUAGUGACAUUGUACAGCUGGGGUGUCCCCUCUUUUUGGAUUUUUGUAACCAUAUAUAGGGUUAUAUUUUUAUCCUAUUAGGGACCCCCUUUUUUGCUGUUCUUUUGUGUCACAUGAGUGGAUAUUUACAGUUUAUACACGAGGGGUUCUUCAUUCCCCUCUAUUUAUUAUAUCUUUUUCUCCACUCAUUAGUCAUUUUCCCCUUCUGUUUCUCUCUCCCUUUUCUAUCAUUUGGCUACUAUACUACUUUAUUUCUGUGCUCAGCAGCUACUUUAGGGAUCCCCUUGUCUCAAGGGUCUCCGCUAUUUCUUUUGUAUGUUUUCUUGGGUUACCCCCAACAUUGUAGCUCUGAGGUAGGCUCUCUAUAAAGCAGUUAUUGCCUUCUCACAUAUUUCUGUGACUGUGGCGAUCUGUCUUUAUAUACAUUCUCUCUUUAUUCUUUUCUAACUUGUUUGAUAUUUGUGAAAACAGUAGUGUUUAAUGCUGUGGCUUUUGUUAGUUUGCAUUCACAUCAUUCUUGAAUGUUUAACACUAUUAGUGCUGGGAUCUAUUUAUUUAGAAACUAUUUUAGCAGGAAGAAUUUAGCUUGUUUUCAAGUAUGCUGUGGGGAGUUUUGAUAUUUACAGACCAAUGGAAGAUUAUUCAUAAUAUGUAUAUAUUUAUAAUAAAACACAAGGGGCCCAAUAAUGAAACUUUGGGGGUGCUGGUAUUGAGUGAAUUAGAAACAGUGUGGCAGAUGCAUAUGCACGGAUUAGCCUCAACAUUAAAACCACUUACAGGUUAAGUAAACAACAUUUAUUAUAUCAUUGCAAUGGUACCUGUCAAGUGGUGGGAAAUAUUACAUCCAACAUCUGUUGGAUUCAGGAAAAAUUGGCAAAUAAAAAGAUUAGAGUGACUUUGACAAAGGCCAAAUAGAGAUGGCUAGACGACUGUGUUAGAGCAUACCAGGAGACAAGUCUUGUGUCCUGGUAUGCAGUGGUUACUACCUUCCAAAAGUGGUGCAAGGAAGGUCAACUGGUGAACAGGUCAUGGGUGCCCAAGGCUCAUUGAUGCACGAGGGGAGCAAAGUCUAGCUUUCUGGUCUGAUCACACAGAAAUGCUACAGUAGCAAUUUGCUGAAAAACAUAAUGCUAACCAUUAUAUAAAGGUGUUCAAACACACAGUGCAUCGCAGUUUGCUUCUUGCGGGGUUGCUUAGCUGCAGCCUGGUCAGAGUGCCCAUGAUGACUCCUGUCCACUGCCAAAAUGGCCUUCAAUGGGGAUGUGAGUGUCAGAACUGAACCAUUCAGCAAUGGAAGAAGGUUGCCCGGUCUAAUGAUUCAUGUUUUCUUUUCGAUCUGGUGGAUUGCCAGGUGUGUGCUGUUUACUUGGGGAUGGCAGCAGGAUGCAAUAUGGGAAUAAGACCAACAGAGGUAGUGUUAUGCUCUGGUUAACCUUGGGUCCUGGCAUUCAUGUGAAUGUUAUUUUGACACAUACCACCUACCCAGAAUCCGUUGCAGACCACGGACAUCCCUUCAUGUUAGUGGUGUUCAUGGUAGUGGCCUCUUUCAGCAGGAUAAUGCACCCUGCCACACUGCUAAAAUUGUUCAGAAAUGGUUUGAGAAACUUGAAAAAGUUUAAGGUUAUGGCCUUCAAAUUCCCCAGAUCUCAAUUUGAUUAAGCAUCAGUGACAUGUACUGGAAUAACUAACACGAUGCAUGAAGGCUCCACCUCGCAAUUUGCAGGUCUUAAACGAUCUGCUGCUAAUGUGCCUGAUACCACAGGACAUGGUUUGAGGUCUCGUGGAGUCCAUACAUCGACACAUCAGAGCUGUUUUACUAGCACGGGUCAAACCCACAUGAUAUUAGGCAGGUGAUUUUAAUGUUGUGACUGAUCAGUGUAUAUUGUGCUUGAUCUGAUAAGUAGGAACAGAGCACAUUUAGAAAGUGUUGCACAUAGAUCUCACAUUGCUAACAAUGGGAGGGCUAGAUUUAGCUGAGAAUUCCUAGUCUCUUAAAGGUUUACUCCAACCUCCAUGACCACUUCUAUUUUUAGAAGUGGUCAUAGAGUAAGAAAUCUGCAUGUGCAGAUUUUCUGGUUGAAAUGCUGUGCAUAUAUAGAAACAUGCACUUUUGUGCCAGGGGCUAGUUAAUCUGUUCUAGGCUGCGUGUUAAAUCUGUGCAAAAAAUUAUGUUGGUGAUCAACAAGUAAUGAGCUUCUAGUCUUGCAGGCAGACUAUGCUAAUGCAAGGGGAAGCCUAUAUCUUCUCUCUCGUUCUCGUCUGAACCCUUCCUGCUGCCUCCUCCCUCCUACAUUUCUUCAUAUUACUGUUCUUUUUGUUUUUGUUUUUUUGUACUCUCCUCCCUCCUUUUUACACCAGCAUAUGCGCUGAGCUGAUGAGAGCGGUCCAAUCAAAUGCUUAUCUAUGAUUUUUUUAAUAAUUUUUUUUAUUUCAAUUAUUUACAUGUAUUGAAUAUUUUAAACUGACUUGCAAUUCUAUUGUAAUUCUUUUUAGACACUAUUUAACAAUUUGGUGUCGUUGACCGAGGAAGCUAGAAAAGCAUACAAAGAUAUGGUGGCAUCAAUGGAGCAAGAGCAGGCCGAGGAAGCUAUGAAGAAUGUUAAAAAGGUGCCUCACCAUAUGGGCCAUUCUAGAAAUCCUUCUGCAGCAAGUGCUAUUUCAUUCUGCAGUGUGAUCUCUGAGCCCAUCUCAGAGGUGAAUGAGAAGGAUUAUGGUAAGUGAUUUCAGACAGUGGCAAUACCCUUACAAUUACUGCGUGAGCUUAAAAAUAGUGCAGAAAUUCUUAAGGAGCAUGCCACUCUGACAUAAUAUCUGAUUUAUUGAGAAUAAUGCAGACAUCAGUCUCAUUUGACUUCUCUGCCAACAGCACUCACACUAGUGGGGAACAGUGCCAUAGUGCUCUUAGUAUUUAUGAAGGUUGGAGUAACCCUUUAAUGCUGAUAUUGACAAACUCAAGGAGUCGUUUGUAACAGCUUUAUUAUUGUUGUACACUUAUCUCAUUGCAGAACAAAAUCUUUUUGUUUUGCUUUUCACAUAUGCCACCACAUUUAGAUAGCCUACUAAGUGUUCUUUAAAUCUCUGUUUAAACAUUAAACCUUUAAUUUGCUACCAGUUAUAAAACUUCAAAUGCUGUCUUUUUUUAUUUAUUUUUUUAUUUAGAAACCAACUGGAGAAAUAUGGUGGAAACCUCAGAUGGAGUGGAAACCUCAGAAAAUGAAGAAUGCUCCAUCAAAACGUCGAUUUCUGAACAAACUUCAGGUGCUCCGUACGAUAAAGCCAACACCUAUAAACAACCAUCCUUGAAACUGGCAAGCAAUACUACCUCAGUAGCAAACCCUGGAAAGUUGACUCCAGUUGACAAAGAAGAGGUAAAACCAGAUGACAAUCUGGAAAGGGCAUCUCAGCAAAGUACUGAAACUGGAUCUUGGGAUGGAAGUGGUAGAGAUGUUCUUAAUUCUUCUAUGACCAGUACAACCAGCACACUGGUUCCAGAAAUGCUAGAGGAUGAGGAUGAUGAUGAAGAUGAUGAGGAGGACGAUGGGUAUCACCAGGAGCCUAUUUCAGUGAGCAGAAUAGAGUCUUGGGUCUCCGAAGCUCAAAGAACUAUGGAAACCCUCCAGCUCGUGAAUUCACUGAACAGCCCAGAGGAAGAUAAUCUUGAACCAAGCGAAGAUGAUGAAGUGGAGGCUUCUGAACAAGCAGAAUCUGUUGACUGCAAGGAACGGACAGCUGAAAAACAUGCCAGAAAUGGAACUAAUGCUCAGAGUGAUAGAGGACCUUUAUUAAAAGAGAGCACGAACACCAGUUUUAUUUAA